AUGAACUUUCUACAAAAGGAAAAGGAGAAAAAAGCAGGGGACACCGGCACCGCGGGUACCGAAGCUCCGGUCAACAAGGCUUUGGCGAUGCAACUCCUUGGAAAAAAAAAUGUAGGCGAUUCCGACAAGGCCUUAACUACGGAGCUGUACACCGACGAAGACAGCGAGCAAGCGAAGCGAUUCCGCAAGCUUUUUGCCUUUCUCAGGGAGCAUCAGCUUGCGGACAUCACAUCUCACACUCCUCACGUGAUACGCGCCAGCUGCCAGUUCUUUUAUUAUGCUGCCCCCCUUGCUACCAACUUUCUUCAAGUCAAGGAAAUGUACAUAGGGGAGAACGAACACGAGCAGCAGUUGGCUGAAACUUGGUGGCACGAGUUCUUGGAGAACUGCAGCAAGGAGAACAAGGAGAACGACUCGACGAAAAAGCCCGCUUACAAUGUGGAAAUUCUAAAAAUGCGCUUUCUGGCAAAUGGACAGCCGGAAGUUAAGAACUCGCUGCUGCCUGUGGGCAAGGUGCACGCUGUAAGAGCCGCACUGUUCGACCUGUGUCAGGUCGUUGCGUUGCUGACGGGCGGUAAGGCGGCGGAGCAACUUUCCAGAAGGAACGUCGCACGGCUUCACGGAAUUUUUGCAGAAGUGUUCGCAGACUACGUCGUCAAGGAGCUCAAUAAGCUGGAAGGCAAAACGCUGAGCGAAGCCGACAUAUGGACGUCCGCAGGUAUGAAGGACCUGCAGGCCUUUGUUCUCCUCUCCGGCGGUGUUUGGCGACAUGGCGCACGUCUCGGUGGACAGCCAGUCUCAAUGGCACGCGUGUCCAGCCUUGUCAUGGGAUUGAUUUUCAACGGAGAAAAGCUUCCAAGUGAGGCAGCAACAACGCAUCAAGACCAGAAGAACGUGAAGCAGGUUGCCCUUGUUCCCCUGAUCAUUGAUUUGUUACGGCUCAUGCAGUUCCCGAUAGACCGACCUGAUCCGCUUCAGAUUGAUAGUCAAAGCAUUACGGUUUAUGACAAAGAGAGUAGUAUUAAUAAAAAAGAAAAGCCAAAGCAACAGCGCUUCCGCGGUGUUCGGCACCACCAAGCGGAUGAGCUUGUGACAGCGUAUUGCUCGUCGAACUCCCCGCCCGAGGACGGAGGAUUGUGCACGGCGACGGAGUUUGCGCCCCGGUACCUUUCCGGAUGGGAUGACACGGGGAAACAAAGCGCCGUGCUAGCUGGCGCUGUCGGCUUUGGUGUGGAAGCGGCGGCAGUAUUGCAGCGGAGGAGCGAGACACCUGACCGAUAUUACAACAACUACGAUCCUGAUAACAUGCCGGAACAGCGCAUAACGGCGCCCGAAGUUGACCUUGAGGACAAAAAAAUCCAAAUUUAUGGAACAAAUUUCCCGGCCCUAUAUUCCACGGUCUGGGGAACAUUCAAGACGGAUUGCAAAGGAGACCUGGCUUUUGCAAAGAACAAAGGCGCCUCCUCGACAGAGGAUGGAGCAGCUGCAGACGCCUCCUCGACAGAAGCAAGUGGUCUACUCAGGAGUGCACUUGCACUAGGAUCAGGACCAGGAGGAGCGGCUCGGGGGGUAUGGUGGGGGCGAGAGGCAUGUAUGAGUUUUGCGAUGUAUUGGCGGAAAUACAUCGCAAAAAAAAUACAUCAUACAUGGAAGAUUUGAGGAGAGCGCGACGGUUCCCGUGUACGAUGUGCGUCAAUGUAUGAGGUGCAGUACAUCAAUGUGCAACCCAAUCUCAUACAUGGCACAUCGUACAUUGUACAUGGUCCAGUGUAUGAUGUGCGAUGUCUGAUACAUUGUACAUUGAUGUGUCAUACAUUGAUCAAAGUACGAUGCGUGAUACAUCGUACAUUGAUGCAUCGCACAUCGUACAUUGAUGUGUCUUUCUUCCCCGCCCUUGCAGGGAAGGGGGGCUACCAGCUGGUAGUCAAUUGUUCGACUGCGAACUAACCACUGUAUAGAGAUCAAAAAUCGGUGAAAAGUGCACACCUCGGUCACAAACCCGGCUCGAGGUCGGGAAAACAGCAUGAAGGGCUGGCGAAGUUGCAAACUUAGGUCGGUUUUGCUCCGGCGCAGGUGCGGCCUGAAUUAAAAUUUUAAAAUUAACCCAAGUAUUUGGGUUAAUGUCUCACAUUGUCGGUUGUGCCGCGCUCACGAGGGCCCGCGAACUCGGUCUCCAAUGUGAGCAGGUAAAUGUCGCUCAGUCAAGAGAGACAUGGACUCCUACUGCAGGAGAUGUCAACCGGUACGACGCUACUCCGUCCGUCCAUGCCAGAAGUGCAACUCUCGUCCCACUCUGUCGCGCAACAAAAAGCUUCAGUGAGGCGGAGCGUCGGUUCUCCGUCGGCACAUGCAUGCUGCCGCCCGUGAUCGGUCCCUCGGCUGUAUGCGUGAUCGUGACGAAAUUCCCUUCCUCAUUUGACAGGAAACGUCCGUCGCUCACACACUUAGCGAGCUACCAAGCAUGCAGUAGCGAAGUAGGAAAGUUGUGAAACACCCUCAAACUGACUACACACACCUAAAGAGUGAGCAGCUCGCUUGCAGUAUUCUAGAAGAAUUCAAAGCACAUUCAAAGUACCAGAAAAGUCGGGCACUUAGCUCCUUUCCGAAGAGGAACAUAGGCAGAAUCUCUUCUGGUAGAAGUAGCGCACCCUUUAAGUAAAGAUCCAGAAAUUUGAAGCGUGCCGUCCUGUCUAGAUACGAACGUGAAGAAUAUUCCUGCUCGGAAUAAGUUACUUUUUGAAAGUGGUCUGCUGCCAUUGCUGCCCGUGCCGCUGCACUUGCUGUUGCAACUGCGCACACAACCACGCGCACAACCGCGGCUGUAUGCGGGUGCAACCGUGCUCAUCGUUGCUACAAAACAUGAGCACCGGACACAACGGAAGCGGCGCCGGGAGCUUCUGGCCGCAAGUGAUCAAUUUCGGACUCGGCCAACAGCAUUCACCUGCAGGAGGAAACUUCGUCUUCCUCAACGGGAAUGGUGGCGCGAUGAAUGGACUGCAACCGAUGCCGAUCCCCCAAGGCAUGCCCCUCCCCCCCCUCCCCGACUGCUUCUUCGCAUCACGCAGUCGGCAAGACGCCGACAAAAGGGAUCCGACGCCCACCGCCCCGACUACGGAGAAACCAAGCUCCAGUGCGGAGAAGCCCCCAGCACCGACAGAGCAGGAUACAGCGGUAGCUCCUCCGCUGAAGAAAGCGAAAACGCAAGAAGAUGCGGCAGCUGUUACAGCUGCAGAAGUUUCCGAGGACGACGGAACGCGCGAGCGGAAGACGCCGCAUGUGACACACUACACCCGGAAACAAGUCCACUCCUUCAUCGAGGGAAUGUACCGCCGGGACAACCAAAUCACGAGUAAGGAGGUCCAGAAAAAACUGUACGCAGAUCAUGGGCUGAAGACACGCGACGCCCGCAACAUCGUCCGGGGCACGAUAGGCGCUGUGCUCAUGAAACUUCGCCCGGCGAAUUACCGCCAGCGAAUUGCCGAACAGGGCGGGGGCCGGCGCACAGGAGAAGCUGCGGCGACAGCUCGAGCGGCCGCAGCGCCGGGGCCCACUGCUGCGCCACCACAGCGGACAGAUCGGCAAAACAAUGCGAACCGACCCAGGCCCACGCGCAAUGAUACGCAGGCGGCGCCCAGCAGGUCCCCUCCAGACGAAGAGCCCCUGCGCUCGCAGGGGUCGCAAGAAGCAGCAGCAACUGGAGCGGGCAACUCCAAGGCGACGAAAGAACAGCUUCUGGAGGUCCUCACCUGGCACGGCGACUGGUGUGAGCCGGAAGACGUCACAAGCGAAAUUUGGCAAACCUUCCGCAUCCGCGGGCCGCAAGUCAAGGCGCUUUUAGGUCAGUCGAUCCCGGACAUGAUCGCCGCCAAACAGCCGAAGCUUGACGAGGAGGCUAGGCGUGAGCUACGGCGCAAAAUAAAUGCGGUGCCGGUCAACAACCUCAGCCUCAUGGAGUGGCUAACGGCUGUGGAAAAAGCGACAGGUGCGCGCCCGGCUCUUGUGGCUCAUGUAUCCGGAUGUCGGUGCGACCAGGCGUACAAGAAGCAAAGGGGGAAGCUUGACAUGGCGCCACAGACUGCCGAGGCUGGGGAAGACAUCUUGCGCGGGGAGAUUCUGCCGCAGAGCAAGAAAGGAAAAACGAUCUUCCCCACCAAAGCCGCAGCCGAAUUCGCCAUGUACGAUGCCCAGCAAAAGCGAGACAUUCGCAACGGCACGAUCCUCGCCUGCAUCUCCCCUACCGCCCAUCCGACAGUGACAGAUGCUCUGUUUGAACUACAUUGCAAAGAGGGGGGCCAGAUGGGCAAAGAUGUACUCAGGGGCAAAAUCGACAACGAGACGCAGAAGCUUGGGAACCCGAAAGCAGCCGUAACACGGCAAACCGAGGGGCAAGGCGCAGCGAACGCUUUGGGGGUGGGGGUUGUCGUCUGGGAAUGCAAUAUCAGCAGCACGAAAGACUCAGCGAUGCUUCUGGAGGCCGCCCUGUGCAACUGCUCCGAGUUUACACCGACGGAGCGGGGAGUGGAGGGGACCAAAUUCCACGUCGCAAUCCUUCCGAGUGGUAACGCAAAGGCGUUGCACACGCCGCAAACACUCAGAAGACUGUAGCUGGUCAUCGUACAAGAUCCCGGCAUGCCUAGCGCGACAGAUAGCGCACUCCGCGUCGCGUCAUGGAAUGUCAACGGGAUCAGAAGUAAGUCGGUGCCUAUCAUCAACAAUUGCUUGCGCAUGCGAGCCGAUCUGGUUGCACUUCAAGAAACCCUCGCAGGGAAAGAAGUGCCUGAAAAGCAAGACCGCUCCUGGGAGAAGCGGAACUAUAGGAGAGUGGCGGAAUUCGUCCGCCCGACAGAAGGGAAGCAGGCCGGCUCUCUUGCAAUAUACGCCGGGCCGCGCGUAGUCGUCUGCCCAGCAAGCAAGUCCAUCCCGGCCUGGAACGGGUCGAAGAGCAUAGAAGUGGCCUGGGUCAGGAUAGUGCUUCCGGGAAGAGGGGAUGACAGUCGCACAGCUUUGAUUUGCGUUCUGUAUAUCAAACCGGGCACAACGCCAACGGACUCGCAGCUACACUCCAUCCUCCAACCUGCAAAGGAGGAUGAAGACGUGCUAAUAGUAGGCGACUUCAACCCGGGUGGGAAAACGAGGCGCACCUGGUUCACGCGCUGGCUAGACCAGGGAUCAGGAGCAGACGCGGGCUGUCUGGAUCUCACCCCGCCUGGAAUGCUUGCCUAUCCGUCCUGCGCCCCAGCAACGUGCCCAGAUCGAGUCGUCUGGAAACCGGGCGCGGGGUGCCUCUUUCCGGUGCUUGCCCGAGCGGCACUAGAAGUUGACGACGAAUGGGACGAACUAGGGGAGCAGGGGCGGGGAAACAAUUCGCUUGAUCUAGGAAGGCUGCCACCAGUGUGGGCGGAUACCUCAAGUCCGCACACAUGCGACCACCUCCCCGUCCUAGUCCGCCUCGAUUGUCAUGAGGCGCUGGAAGAGCCGCCACCACAAGAGAGGCACGCGCUGCCCCGAGAUGACAGCACCGACCCAGAAGAGCAAGCGCAGUGCGAAGCACUCCGGGCCCGACUGCGUGAAGCCGUGGCUGCGUGCGAAGACGACCUGGACCUCACGGACCUGAGCAAAGCGAUCAGCGUCGUUGUUGAGCGGGUCCAGGGGGCGGCGUCGCCGUGGCACAAGAGCACCCACCGGGGAAUGAAAGCUGAAACCCAGGAGCAAUUUCGCAAACGGCAUGCCUGGCGUGAACAAAUCGACGCCCUACGAGAGGCCUACCGCAAUCGAGACGACGCGGAGGCCCUCCGGCUCGAGAAGAUCAUCAGGAGCGCAGCCUGGAAGAAAUUCCUCCGGGGGUGCAAGCCGAAUUCCAGCAUGGCGCCGCUUUGGCGUUACUUGGCGAAAGCAGAUGGGCGCAUGCCGUGGCUUAAGAGAACGGCGAGAGCGGCCCUCCGUGAUGGGCGAGGCAAGUGGUGUCUUACAGACAAACAAAAGGCGCAGGCCCUUGGCGGGCAUCUGCGAGACAGACACCAAGGGCAAGCAUCGCACGAGGCCGCCCUCCCAGCCAAUGUCCGUUCACAGUUGGACCGCGCGGCCCGCCCCAGCCCCGUAACGGUCGAGGAAGUGCGCGCGGCCUGGAAAGGGCUGAGCCGCGGAAAAGCGCCAGGGGCAGACCGCCUGCCGCUCGAGGUCUGGACUGGCAGGAAGAAACCUGGCCGCUCCUCGCCAAGCUGUUCACGGCAGUACUGCAAAGCGGCGAGCUGCCCCUGCACCUAGGCGAGACAGUCGUGAUCUGGUUGGAUAAGCCUGGCAAAAACCCGACAGACUUGUCGGCGUGCAGACCGAUAAGUCUUAUAAACACGGUGGCAAAGCUGCUCGAAAAAGUAGUGCUGCAGCGGCUUCCCCCGACCCAGGACCACGCACAGCGCGCGUACCUGGAGGGAAAGUCUACCGAGAUUCUUCUCCUUGAACUAGCAGGACACCCGGACGAGUUGGCGCGACAGAAGAAAUGCGUCUGCAUAGUCCAGACGGACAUCAGCGGCGCGCUCGAUUCUGUCCCACGCGCAAUCCUCAUCCAGAGGCUACUGCAACAGGGGACAGAUGCAGGUCUCGUGCGUUGGCUAUGGGCCUGGCUACGACAGAGGUCAUUCCGCAGCAAAGUAGGGGAAGAGCUAGCCUCACCAAUGCGGCCCCUUGCAGGGAUUCCCCAGGGUGGGGCGCUUUCCCCCUGGGCAUGGAGUGCGUUGCUGACAGGCACGGCUGCGGAAACGCUGAAAGCGCUCCCGCGCGGAGUCUGGUUGCGCUUCUUCGCAGAUGGCGGCACGAUCGUAGUAAGUGGCGACACGCCGGAGGAAGUGCAAAGCAGGAUCCUAGCGCUCGAAAGAGUCCUGACAGCGGCUCUCGCACGCAGAGGCCUCCGCCUCGCCCCCGAAAAAAUGGGGCGCAUGUGGAUGCAGCUGCCACGAGCCGGGGUCUGGAAGAGGAGCCGGGACCGGUACGGCCGCACCAGGAGGGAGCGAGACGCUCCCGCCGAAGGGGAGCCGACGGCACCGGUGCGCCUCCCGUACACCCUCCACAACAAAAUCCGCAUUCUCGGGGUGUGGUUUGACGCCGAAUGCACGAUGAGACACCACAUCGAGCACGUCGAGCGCAAAUGCGUCUUGCGGACGAACGUGCUACGCCAACUUGCAAAUCGCUGGUGGGGCGCCGAUGUUGCCACGCUCACGCAAACAGCAACACUUUUAGCGCAGCAUAUCUGCGGAUAUGCUGUCUCGGUGUGGGGGAGCAUGGCCACCCAAGCGAGCCCUCAGAGGAUCAGCACAAAGGUGCUGCAUCCAGUGGCGAGGCUGGUGCUCGCGGCAAGUCGGUCACAAAGACUUGAAACCCUUUACACCCACAGCAACAUCGACUCCGUGUUUAACCUUUACGGCCAGCGGCUUGCGAGCUUGCUCGACCGGUUGCUCCGCACGUCCGCCACACCGUUGCGCGAGCAAAUCGCCACAAGCUUGCCCGGCCUGAAAUACGUGGAGGCACCGGCGCUGCCGCCCCGGCGGGUUGAACACCUCGACCCGGGUGAGUUCGCAAACGUCCGCCCCUCAUGCACCCUGGCGGCGGCUGUCCUAUCUUGGGAUCAUUGGUGCGCAACCGCCCCCCCGGCCGGAGGCGCGGCCCCGUCGGCCCCCCCUCCUCGCAAUGAGCCGGCACGCACCAUCUACCACACCUACGCCCCGGAAAUGGCGGAGGAGCCGCAAAAAGAUAGAAAAUUCGCUGCGGGAGACGGGCGGUGCCCUCCCUGGGCGAUUGAAGCGGCGCUUGUGCUCGAAAGCUGCGGGUGGAGGCGCGACGAAGUAGAGUACCUGAAAGCAGUCCCAGUGCCACGGGGUCGCUUCCCCGGUCUCAAAAUUGCAACGCAAGAGGCGGCAGAGCUCAGAGACAGACUGCGAGCACGCCGCACCUUUUUCGGCGCGUCCGACGGGGCCCACCAGCAAAGCACGGGACGGGGCUCCAUGGCCGCCUACUUCCACGCAAAAACCGGCGCCCGCCUUGCAGCAGGGUGCUGGCGCGACAACAAAUCAGCCUACCAAGCAGAGCGCGCCGGUCUUACAGAACUCCUGGGACAAGCGCGAGCUGCAGCACAGCAAGAACCAGAGGAGGCGGCGGCCGCACAUCUGCUGCUGGUCGUGGACAGUCAGUCCUUGUUGGCACGCCUGUCGACCCUCGCCAUCUGUGGCGGCCUCGCAACGCAGGCGGAGUGCACUCUCCUCGAUCACCUCCAGGAACUCUGCGCCAAAUUUCACCGCGUGGAAUUGGCCCACGUUCACUCCCAUACCGGAGUUGGGGCCAACGAAUUGGUUGACCAGGCAGCCGAAGCCGCACUGCGCCAAGCGGAUCCGGGUGCGCAAUGGGGGGCGCCCCUGUCGGUCGAAGAUAUGAAAUCACAUGCCAAGGAACGGCUCGCGGCGCAAGAGGCAGGCCUCCUGCAGGACCUCAACGCGGCCGAGGUCUCGGCAAGCGGGGAAAUCGCAGGGGCGUUCGUCUCCGGACGGGCGGGCGCCAAGGCGCUAUAUCGCGUUUUUGCGGACCAGGGUGAGUCCCGGCACGUCCAAACAACAGCAGCGGCCUUUCUGGGGGCAACCCGGUUCAAGAGAAUCGCACCCACAGGGCUCGAGCGGGUCCGUUGCCCAAAAUGCCGCCGGGUCGAUGACAGUCCGGCGCAUUUCCUAGAAUGCUACGGGAUUGGUAACCUCCACACGCUAUCAUGCCCGGAGCGUCUUGCUAAAGUCUUCGCAUAUGUGGCGCAUGUGCCUCCAGACGACUCCACCACCGACGAAGAGCUGUGACCCCCAGGCGGGGGCUCCAGCCCCAGGCAAUAAGUAAGUUUUGUAUGGGCCGUACCUCGAAGGCACGCGUCGGCAUCUGCUAGAGGGCGAGAUGCGAGAUGUGCGGCGCAGUCAGCUUGCGGCUGAGCGCCCACACAUCUAAAGACCGUGGCAUAAUCGAUCUACAAGUCGCUCGAAGCGAGAACCGCAUUGAUGCAGCCAUCAGGAACAAGGAAUAGAGAUUGCCGGAGCGAAAGCAAACGCCCGCCCCCUGCGGGGAAGCAUAGGCUCCUCCAGGGUCCGACGUUCACCUCUUGCGAUGAUCCACAGGUCUUGUCAGACCAGUAGAGUUCACAGAGGGUCGUCGUACACUCUUGCUCGUCCGAAGAAAUCGCUUGAGUGGGUCGCUUUCCAGGUGUCGCGAUCAAAUACAGAGCGUCACGUACCCCAGACAGGGCGAAUCAUGUAUGUAUGUAUGUAUGUGUCUUUCUUUCUUUCUUUCUUUCUUUCUUUCUUUCUUUCUUUCUUUCCAUGCCCGGGCAUGGCUUCAAUUUUUCAAGGCCCUAAGCGUUCCGUUGCAGUCCUCUUUUUUCCUCUCCAAUGAUCAGAGCUGUAUCAUACAUCGUACAUUGAUGCAUCAUACAUGGCACAUUGUACGGCUGUACAUUAAUGUAUACGCACAUCGUACAUCCCGCGCACUCGUGCAUUGCGCGUUGGAUUCCCUACAUCGGUUGCCUUUGUGUUCUCGCGGGUUAGUUGUUGGCUAGUUGUUAUCGGUCUGGUGUGGUGUUGGUGUUGGUGGUGCUGCUGCUUGGCUUGGGCUUCUGCUUGGCUUGGCUUGGCUUGGCUUGGCUUGGUUGUCAAAACGGCGCUUUGACAACCAGCAAGCAAACCAGCAAGCAAGCAGCAGCACCAAGCAGCACCACACAGCCAACCAAACCACACCACGCCACACCAUGCCCCAUGUAUGAUGUGCCAUGUAUGAUGUGCCAUGUAUGAUGUGCCAUGUAUGGUGUGCCAUGUAUGUCGUGCCAUGUAUGACGUGCCAUGUAUGAUGUGCCAUGUAUGAUGUGCCAUGUGUGACGUAUGACGUAUGAGGUACCUACAGCGGAGAACUUGCGAUGUGUGAUGUAUGAGGUACCUACAGCGGAGAACUUGCGGCGUGUGAUGUGUGAUGUAUGGUGUACGAGGUACCUACAGCGGAGAAUUUGCGACGUAUGAUGUACAAUGUGUGAUGUAUAUAUAAUGUACGAAAGUGAGGUCGUUCUGCUCAAAUCUUCCAUGUAUGAUGUAUUUUUUGCGAUGUAUUUCCGCCAAUACAUCGCAAAACUCAUACAUGCCUCUCGCCCCCACCAUAUUGGGCCACGGAGGACUUGGCCACAGCCGCUAGCACGAUGGCUAGAAAUAUAUUCGAUACUGGCACCGAAAUAUCACGUGCAAAAGUAUCGCACUCGUAUAAAUCCGCUAAAAUUUUUUCCAUGCGUAAACUGAUGGAGAAACUGGUGAUGGUGAAAAGUCGGUCGCGAAGUUGGUCGCGAAGUUGGUGCGGAAGUCGGUGAGAAGUGGCGCGACGUGCUGGCGUCGUUCUCAACUCGUCUCGACGCGUCGCGUCACUCCACCGCUGCGAUUUAUAUCGUGCUCGCUGCUUGGAGCGGGAAGGAACAACGUUGCAGAUAAAUGGAAAGAAGCCCGUAGUCUUGUUCUCUCUAUUUCUCUGCAGAGCAGUUUCAUCAUUUAGCACGACGGCACCGCGCGCAAUAAAGCCGUAUACACGAGGCGGCAGACAGCGCGACCGUGAUGUCUGCGCGCGCGCAUCUGUCCUGCGUGCAGCCAUCAAAGACGGAAGCGGAGGAUAGCGGCCCUCGACGAUGUGGAGCUGCGCGCCUCUUCGGCGUGAAAGCUUUGAACUCGGGCCACUUUCACGCGUCAGCUCAUAAUUAAUGCAGUAGCUACUUAUUCAAUUUUAAUGAGUUACUGUUUGCGUUUUGUUGGUUUUCACAAAAAAGCGAAACUUUGCGCACGUCCUACAUUGUUUAUUGCGUAGUUUAACAAUUCACUUCUCAACAACUUCUGGACGCACUUCUCGACGAACAUCCCAGCGCAUUUCGCGACAAGCUUCAAGCUUUUGAAGGCGUCACGCAAGAAAUCACAUGACACCUCCAAAAGUUCGAAGCUUGCCGCGAAAUGCGCCGGGGUGUUCGGCAUCGGCGUGCGUCUUUUGUGCAGGACCUCGCAGAUCUCCAGCUGCAAGAGAUGCCCAGGGUGCCUUCCACACGCUUAGCAGCCGAAGCAGGAUGAUCGCGGGAGUUGAUUCGUGACUGCGCACGCGGCCACGAAUCGAGGCCCGGGAUAUUCCUUUGGAGACGUCCUAGCCAGAAGCUUGUGGGGAGCUUGGUGUGGAUUGCAACUCCGCAUCAAGCUUCCCAACAACCGCGGCAAAGGAUCCACGCCAACUUCUCAACAGCUGGGAAGCUGGUGAAAAGGUUGGGCAGAAGUUGAUGAUAAGUUGGUGGGAGGUUUGUGAGAAGUUAUUGGCAUGCCAGUAGCGGAUCUAUACGAGUGCGAUACUUUUGCACAGGAUAGUACGCCAGUGUGGCGAUCGAAGUGGUUCCCGUGACUCUGACGGAGGGUGAAAUCACCAUGGAGAUGUGCAGAAAUGCCAGGACUGCUAUCCUCAAUGCAGCGUUGAACCCUGAAACAGGAAGUGAGGACCACAUCAAAGACGCAAUCGUGGAUGCUUUGCAAAAGGAGUUGGAUCGUGGUACUAUUGUUUUGCCUGCACUGCUUGAGGCAGUAGCUAGUACUUUGCUCUGAUGGUGCUUGAGUAGUAGCGGUGAUAUGUUUUUUUCUUUUUGCAAAGCAUGUUGCUGUGAAGAUGAAGAACGACGGAGGCAUUGAAUUACAGUCGAGAACAAACCACCAGCAAAGAAAGGAAUUACACCCCAACACCAAAACCAGCGACCUCGUCUGCGGCGCCCGCGGCCAACGCGACGAGCAAUGCUCUAUCCGAAUGAAAAAUCUCUAUUUUUGAUUUUCUGGGGAGUUGAUAGAAGUACGUUUAAACAGUUACUCGCUCGCCUAAAGAAGCGAGCACCCGAUUGAUUUUCUGGGGAGGCUCCGAAGCUUUUUAUUUUUUACCUUCGGCAGCCCCGGACCUCUCCUCUCGCCUUCGGAAGCGAUGGCGGGCCUCUCCCCUGCGGAAGGUCCGCAGCUUCCUUCCCUUUCGGGGGAGUCGGAGUUCUUUAUUUCCUGGCUGGCGUGGAGCUUUCGCGAUCGCUUCCCGAUUGUCUGGCCGGAGGGAGCUUACGCACACCUCCUGCGCGACGCUGGUUCUUCAGAAUUUUUCUGUGCGUGCCCGGGACCGCCGAGGCGCUUUGGAUUCGGUUUCAAAGCGCGCAACUCUGCCGCUGCCCGGGGCUGCGCAUGUGUACAACUUUUGCGCCGGGGGGCCGCGGCGUUUUUGCGUCCUGGACCCUCGUCACACCCACGCCCGGGGGGCCCGGAACAUGGCCCGUCGUAAGGUGAGCCAGCCUUCGGUGAAGGCGGGGCGCCCGGAGCAUGGAGUUUUCCCGUCCGGGAGGCCCGGGGGUUUUCCUUCCCUCUGGUCUGCGGUACUCCUGGCCGUGGGUUUGAUGGACAACCUUCGGCCAGGUUGCACAACCUCCGACGAGGUCGGACAACCUCCGGCGAGGUCGUACAACGUCCGGUGAGCUCGUGCAACCUCGUCCGGCGAGGUCGUACAACCUCCGGCGAGGGCGUACAACCUCCGGCGAGGUCGUACGACCUCCGGUGAGGUCGUACGACGACGGAUCUCGCGCCCCGGGCCGGGACGUUGGAUGGGGGUGAAGGCUGGCCAGCAAGCAGGUCAGGGAGGAUCCAGCGCCCCGGGCCGGGGCGUUGGAUGGGAAUCAAGAUUGGCCAGCAGGUCGCCAAGGAUCCAGCACCCCGGGCCGGGGCACUGGAUGGCGUGCGACUAGGGCUGUCCACCUGCCAUCGACGGAUCCCCCGCCCCGGGCCGGGGCGUUGCGUGGGGCGGCGAGGGUGGGUCGAGGCUGGCCAGCAACCCCGGGAGGAUCCUGCGCCCCGGGCCGGGGCGUUGGAUGGGGAUCAAGAUUAUCUUCAGCAGGUUGUGGGGGAUCCGGCGCUCCGGGUCGGGGCAUUGGAUGGCAGGCCACUAGGACUGUCCGCCUGCCGUCGAUGGAUCCAGCGUCCCGGGCGGGCGUGGGAUGAGGGUUGCGGUUGGCCAGCAGGCCGGGGAGGACCGAGCGCCCCGGGCCGGGGCGUCGGAUGGGGCACGAGGUUGGCGAUCGGGUCCAGCGUCUCGGGCCGGGGCAUUGGAUGGCGAGCGACAGGGGUUGCCAGCCUGCCAUCGACGGGUCCGUCCAAAGCCUCGGGCCGGCGCGUCGCUCGGGAGGGGGUCGAGGUUGGCUAGCCGGUCGGGGAGGAUCCAACCAGCGCCCCGGGCCGGGGCAUUGGAUGGCGACUGGGGUUGUCCCCCGCCCGGGGCGUUGGAUGGGCCGGAGUCGAGGUUGGCCAGCAGGUUGGGAAGGGAGGAUCCAGCGCCCCGGGCCGGGGCGUCGGAUGGGGAUCAAGAUUCGCCAGCCGGUCGCGGAGGAUCGGGAUCCAACGCCCCGGGCCGGGGCGUUGGAUCCCGAGCGGUGUGGUCAGAAAUCCGUGGACGUUACGGGCCGAAGUGUUGAUGUGCGCAAAACCCCACUCCCCUCCUCCUCCUGUUGCGUAGUUCGUCGUCAUGUUCGUCCGUCCCUGCAAACAGAACGUAAACAAAACCGACUUUAUUGGGAGGAGCAUUCACAGGCACAGUCCCAGCAGAUGCAGGAGCAGGAGGCGCUGGAGCUGAAGCAAAAUAAAGAAUAAAAAAAAAAUAAUAAAAAUAAAAACAUGAACCAGAUAUUAUGCACCCAGCGGCGCCUCCGCAUUACGCAAGCCCACUAAUAUAUGGAGAAAUCGAGGGCGCAAGUGCGGGGCGGAAGCCACCUGCGAUGCCGACUAGGAGAGGGGAGCUCUUUUUGGGAUGCCCAGAGAACAACAAGGUCAAUGGAAACGCUCCUCAGCUACGUUACCGGGCACCCAGAAAUGCGGCUGCAGUAUGCCUUGGAGUGGUGUCGUUAAAAAAUCGGGAUCAUAAGGAUAUUGUGCGGAUACGGCCCCAGAUCCGAACUCUGCGCAAGCGCAUGCCAGAGGCAGCAUAAAUGCUUCUUGCCCUUGCGCUUGCUUUGAAAAAGGCAACAUCGCAAGACAUCAUCAUGGCAGCAGAACUUAUUUCGCUGUCUCGUCUCUUUAUUGGAGCUCUCUUAUUUGUCCCCGUAAUUAAAGGACCCGGUACAGCCAGGCCUGUAGCUGCCCCAUUUGCCGUGCAGAGGAUGGCAGCAAACUCAAGGACCUCAAGAAACCUGGGCACGCACCGGAGGUCGGUUCGCGAAGCCUGCGGCUGCCAUGUUUAUUUAUUUGUUUUCUAGCUUUAAAAGUUCAAGUUGUUGAGUCCGGCGCGGGACUCGGCGCGGGCGGAUGCCAAACCUAGGCGCUGUUGCCAAAUCUAGAGGUCAUAGCACUGCGAUUGAGUCGCCAGUUUCUGACCCGCUCUAGGUCUUGCAAAAGGAGCAAGAAAGUGCCAGCACUUUUGAUGGUUGUAUGGCUGAUUCGCGGACAUAGCCGCGCCUGCGGAUUUCUGAGUCGGAGCGCGCGGAUAUCGAGACAACCUCUGUGAAGACGGAUACUUACGUCGCGGAGCGGAAAAGUUGAGCCAUACUAGCUUAGCAUCGGCCGCGGAUUUCUUUUUGGUUCCAGAAAAGCAUAUCCGCACAAUACCCGCGGGUCCCCGACUCAGAAACCCGCGGCCACUCCCGCGAACCGGCCACACCUUCGCAAAUCGCAUCUAUACUCUUUUCUUUUUCCGAAUCCGACGUGGGCUGCGUUACAAGCUCGAGGACCAUUGGCCACAACUCCGCAGCGCCCAUGAAUAUUCCUCAAAAGGGGCAACUUUCAGCGGGCGCGGGUUUUUUAUAGACAAAUCCAUGGGCGCGCCCCUCCCCGCGUGACUGUGACCCCGGGGGCUGGGGCCCAAUCGGGUGGCUACUACACCUCGCUCUGGCGGGACCCUCCGGCUUGGCAGCAGCGCCAGUAUGUUGUAAGUAAUUAGACAAUGAGACGACAGCCACAGCACACAGCAAGAAAACGCCCAUUGCCAUGGCGUCAGAAAUGCCGCAGAAGCGCCGCACUUUGAGUUUGUUUGUGCUUGGAAGCUGCGCGCCUUGAUUUACUCUGAACAACCCAAGCGGCCGGGGCGGCUUGGUUAUCUCUUGGCCCUCGCGCUUUUUUUGGCCGGCGCCCGGCUUUUUUUGGCUACAAGUCCGCAGAAGAUCCGCGGCCCCUAUUUGUAACGAGUCCGAGUGCUCCUGCUCUAUAUCAUCGUGAUCGUGGUGAAGCGGAAACAGAAGUCGCAGAGGAAACAGAAGAAGUCGCAGAGGAAGAAGAAGAAACAAAAGUCGCCGCGCCGCUUUUGCAGUCCUCCUGGGACACGGGCGGGAGCUAUGGAAUUGGUGCUCAGGAAAAAGCUACACCUGUUGGACUUCAACCACUGCACGCCGACUAUUUUUCUGCUAAGCUGGUGGAGAGGCCGCCGCGGACCAAUAUCAUCGUGGGAAAGAUCCAGGGCGGAGAAAGUAGCAGGGAAGAUGUUGCUGCAAGUCGAGGGCGCUCACUUCCGCGAGACUGGGCACAUUGGCUGCCGCGCCCGGCCGGAAAUUGGCGAGAGAACGUCGCAGUUGUUUUUGACGUCAUUGAAAGACAGAAUGGGGAUGGCACCCCAAAAAAAAAAAGCAUCCUGACGCGGUGCGAAAUGCCGCAACGGACUACACCAGGCCGACAAAUUGAGAAACUUUCCCGGCAGCUGUCGAAGUAUGGGAUCGCUUCCGAGCUGCGACAAUGGUCGAAAGAUGCUCGUAAGUGUAGAGAAAAAAUCCGCGAAAUUUGUCGCCUCGCCGUACAGUUUGGACGACACUUAGAAAUCAUCGCGGUGGUUUUCCGGUGAAUUUAUGGGGCAAAAUGCCGCAGCUUCUUGGCGUGCCGGCGAGGAGGGGCGAAGCCGGCAAAAUCCUCACUCACCCGGCGCAUUGGUGUGCCCGAGUUUCUGGCCCCAUGGUUGCCUUACUGAAUGCGCGCGAGAUGUAGCAUCCUCCCGCGCCAACAACACGGCGCGCGACGUGGAAGGCAACUCCAACUGCUCCGCCCCGUCCCUCCUGAGUUCGAGUUGUCCUCCUUUGCCGAGCGCCUUGCCCUUGCGAAAGACGAGUCCAGUUGUGCCAUCUCUUGCAGCGCAUGGACUCCGGAGUCGUUCUGAUUGCAGAUUUGGCUUCACCUCCUCGCUUAGAAGAUUUACAAAAAGCGUGAACUUUGGGACUCGAGCUGCUUGUCUUUUUGCAACUUUCGUUCGGGCAGGGGCUUGUAAGAUCGUGCGCUAUAGUUUGCAAACUCUCAGCGCAGCUCACCAGCUCCAGCGCCCCUUCUGUGAGUUCGCCCAUAAAUUUUUCACCAAAUCGACGCGGGUACUAUUCCGAUUUGGCAUGUACGUGUUGAUGCUAUUUUGAGGCGUGACUCGUUGAGAGGCUCCACCUGGGGGUCAAAUUUAUACGCAUAACUGCACUUGAAAGCGCGCGCGCGUGACAUGUCGAGAAAGUGGCUCUGAUUGUGCCUCGCGGCUUUGAAAGUAAAAGCUUUGCACAUGGCGCACAAAGCUCCUGCCGCUUGUGGUUGAUCCCGCGGCAGGUUCCACGCCGGCGCCUGCUUUGUCGAAGUCCGACGGUCGCUCUCGGUGUGGAGGGACGGGAAAGAGAAAGAACGUAGCCGCACUCGCGUCAAUUUUUUUUUGCAGGGCAUGGGACCGGGAACGCACAGGGCAGGCGAUUGGCCGCCCAGCGGUGGUUGUUGGGCUUGCGCCAAAAUUGAUUCGAAAACCAUUCGCAUUCUUUCCAAUGGGUGUCCAAGUUCUAAAGAUUCCUUCCGCGAGUGAAGCCGAUGGCAAAAGGUCUGUGGAUUUAUGCGAGAAAAACAAUGAGGGUAUGAAUGGACAAAUUGAUGUUCGCGACAUAUUGGCGAGCUGAAUAAAUCCGGGUUAGGUGCUGAAUAUAUUCAGCGAAGGUGAUGAAUAAAUUACGGCCGCCACCGCAAUCUGUUCAUCAACCAACGCGUUUACUCAGCACCUAACCCGGAUUUAUUUGCUCGAAGAUCAACCGAUGAUCAACACGAACCGAAAAAAACUGUGAUCUCGAGUCACGGUGUAAGCAUUAAAAUAGUUGCUGUUUAUAGUAGAACCACAACUAUUUAAAUGCUGCUUGGCUCCGCCGUGAUGUGUGUCUUCUGGUAACGCCGAACCCACGUGGUCCGCUGACGAGCUCCAUCGAACGCGAAUGCGGAAGCGGUGGAACGGGACGCCCACAGGUGCUGCAUCGUCAUGAUGAUUGUGAUCAACCAAGAAGAACAGCUGAAAUCUUUUGGCUUUAUUUACAUCUGUGCUGUAAAUAGAAUGCUCAAGCGCAAGGGGAAACGAGAUCCAACGCUAAGGAUAGAUUUAGUAUGCGUCUAGUACUAUUGAGAAUCAGAACGAGCAUGAAUCUGCGACGUGAGAAGAUGCGCGACUAAGCCUACGGGUCUGCCAUCAUCUAAACGAAAGGAGCAGAGGGAAUGAGUAGCGCGAGUCUGUUGGGAACUGCACAAAAGCAAAAGGAUAAAAGUAAAAAAAUGCAAAGGGAGAGCAAGGAGGAUCCAAACAGUGAGUCUAUUUUUGUCUUUUGAGCGUUUGCGUCUUUCCUCGGAUCCGAAGUAUUUGUUUACUCUCGCACCGAAAAAAAGCUUGCGACUCCGAUGACGAGUCUCAAAAUAGUAGCAAGUGUCGCGCGCUUGUUGUUUUCGGUCAAUUACGGUUUUGGGAUUUAGAUCUAGGCCGUUGCUGACAGUGUGUGGCCACAAUGUCCAAGGAGCAAAAGGAGUUUUCCAGUGAUGGACUGGAUAUGAUGCGUCGUAAAUACAUGCCAGCUUUUUACUCUUACAAGGAAUCGCCGAAAGCAGACGAGAAACAUCAACCGGCGGGACUGAUUGGCGAGAACUUGGCGACGUCGUUUCAGCACCUCGAUACUUCCUUCAAGUCCUUCGCCAUGCAGUUUUUCACUUCUCCUCAAGUUUUCAAACGCCCCAAUCUGUCGGAAGUUGUCCUUCCGACCUACGACGAGUUGCUGUACUGUGAUCCGUAUUACACUGAUCACGCGGGGCACACGCUGAUCAUGCAGCAGUUUCUGAGCAACGACUGGGACUGGAAAGAUUUCAAUCGGCAUCCGUACGACGCCCACGCCAAAUUUGAGCGGCUGUUCAAAAAAAAGCACGUCGACAACUGGGACAACGUGGAGUGCUUCAUCGCGGACUUGAAGAACCAGCAGACGAAAUUUGAAAAGUAUCGGGAUGAUGGAAAACGCGAGCCCGGGCACGCGCAGCGCUUGUUCGAAUUAUGGGAGCUCCGCCGCUCCCGCAUCAUGGCCGAGAUGUGGAUGCUCAACAGCCCGCCACUCAGCCACGUCAUGUUUGAGGCGAAGGCGUUAGCUAUUGGGUUUUAGUUUUAGCUUUUUUGGUUUUGAUAAUACGAGCACGACGCGCAAAGUUUAGCUUUUUUUUCUACAUGUAGGUGUAGCUUUAGGCUCAUUCUCUUCUUCAUCAUUAUGAUCGUGCUUUAUGUUUGCCUUCAUCUUCGUGCUUUCCUCUAACCCUUUCGCUUUCGCAUUGAAAAUAUAUUUUUUCAAUAAAAUCAGGCUCCGAUAGAUGACGAGUUCAAGCGCCACCAGCAGCGCGUCAUCGCGUACGAAGGCCGCGUGAAGUACUGGGACAAGCAGGGGCCGACUGCGGCGGCCACGCACACAGGAACAGAGCGGGUUUAAGAACGGUUACUACUGGAAGACUUCGAAGUACGAAAGAGACCCGCUGUUGGAGUUGAUCAAAUGGACGGCGUCGCAGACGAAGGCGCGCCCCGAUUCGAAGAAGAAGUGAUCUCGCCUUUGGUGCUGUCCACUUACAAGCAGUAGUAGCUGUAUGCUGUCUAAACCUAAAACAAAGCUCAGACCUUGAAUGCGAAAGCAUGAGCAUCGCCUUAGCUGAAGUCUAGUCUUCGACUGUUGUUCUUGUUUGUUUUUUGAUAUUUCUUUGUAUGCGUAUUUGAAAAAACAAAACCGAAGUUGACUUUUUUUAUUUAGACAAAAUUUACGCAUACGCUCUACUUGCGCCGAUUUUGAUUAUUGUUGUUUUUAGUGGAAAGAGCUCGCCUUUGGUCUUGAACUUCUUGGGUAUCUUCGUUGUGUUUGCAUCUCAAAGUGGUUGCUCGUCUUAUCGGUUGUUGGUAGACACGAUGAAGAUGCAGCUACAAAAACAAACGUCGCACAGCUGCAGCUACUGCUACAGCUGCACCUAGAAUGCGUAUUGUUUUUUUAUGCCAGAAAGUGAAAGCGCGACACACACACACAGGAACGCGUCGCGUCGUGUGAUCGUCUCAGGCUCAAAGUCAGAACGUCGGUCAAGGGUCGUGCUCGUCGGCUUUGUGAGACUUUACAAAGCGCCACAUGAUCGGCGGGGGAGAGAAAAGCACAUCUGUACAGCAAGAACAAGAACUGCAGAGGACGAACAUGAAUCGGGCAGGGUCGUAGUCGUACAGAGAGAUACAGACGAUGCGCCACCUGAGUGCGCCAGUGCCUGUGCGUUGCACGCUGUGCAACGAACACGAAAACUAUGAGCAGGAACAUCAGGAGCGUAGUUCUAUAAUAAAAGUUUUUCCUUGCGUGUACGUGAUACAUGGCAACGCUAUUUCAGGCGAUUGCGGAAUAGAUAGCAGCAUCAUUUACAUCGUCGAAGAUGAGCUCAGCCGUCGCAAACAACUUCCACGCUGCCGAGCAGGUAGCUCCGCCGCCGGCAACCGGCAACGCAUGCAAUUGAUCCCGAUUUUCAGCCGCCUGCAUCGCCCAUCCGCAGACGGCUCGAUCAACUGCAAUCCUUUGACGACAUCGCCGCGAUCAUCUCGGACAAUCUGCAUUCGGAGAGCCAAACAUUUGCAGUGAACAACGGAAAGACUUUGCUCACUUACAAGUCGGCCAUCAACAAGCGGCCCCUGCAGAAAGCUUUUGCCAGGUGGUUGCAAGCAGAGCGCACGGAUGGACUGGCUCGGCCAAGAUCGCAAAAGCCUGCCCGGACCUGAUGCAACUCCGCCACUUCGCCAAAGCAGAAAUUGUAAAGCGGCUGAGCAUUAAGCUGCCUGCCGUUGCCGCGGAGGAGAUGGAACAGCACCGGAAAGAGGUGCUCCUACUUUUGCUUCUCGUAUAGAAAAAGCGUCUCAGCUCUCGCUCGCGUUCUCAUGCAUGUUCAUAAUCGUUUUCGUUUCCAUGCAGUUUAAUUCUAAUUGUAAUGCAAAAGCAAAAGCAAGCGCAAAGCUAUAGGCUUUGUUUUUGAAAAUGAAGCUCUAUGCUCUGACUCUUCUUGAGCUUGGGCUUGAUUCUGAUACUCGUUUUCAUAUUGAUUAUGAUUGUCGCGCGAUACAACCGCAGUGCUUUCUCGUUGAAGUUCGCAAACAAAAAUCAAAAUCAGCUGCAGGCUGAGCAGGACCCGGAGCGGCAACAACUAAAAAAACGGAUUGCGGAAUUAGUCAGCAUCAACAUGAUGGGAGAGCUUGAAUCUGAUCAAAAGAGAACGCAGCGCUUGCAGUUUGUGGCUGCUACCACUCCUGGGACGAGUGCUAGGAAGGUAUAUGCGCUACGGUUCACACCUGGGCAGCAUCUGCGUGAGCUAUUACGGUAGCGAAAUCUGUCAACAAGGCCUUCUUUUCAACAAAACGAAAAAAAAAUUCUGGGUCUCGCGCCUCUCCCGAUAAUAAGGCGAAGGGAGUUGGCGCGGUCGCCUCUUGUUGCUGGGGCUCGCAGGGCCUGGCACUGUUGAUGACACCCAAGGGGCAUACUACGCCUCUAGUUGCGCGCGACAAGCGUCGAACCGCUUCCACCUCAAGCACUUUGUGCGCUUCGUGUACCACGCCGGCCGUGCAAGUCAUGAAGCCUCAUAGCGGCGCAGGUCCCAUCUCCCACCUUCGGGGCCUUGGGCUGGGGCAUGCUCAUCGCAGCUACCUUUGGGCGCACUGCUGUGCUUUGGCUUCCUUUGCCCCGCUUGCGCUUUUUUUGCAGCUCGUUGCGGUUGCGACGCGGGCCACGUUGGGAAUCCUCCCAAGGCAAAAACCCUUCCCCCUGCCCCCGUGCCCCCUUCCGAAACCUGGCGCGGUCGGCGAAUGCGGGCCGCCCACCUGCGCCCACUACGCUUCCGCUUUCGCAUCGAGGGGCGGCACAGCCGCGCCGGGCAGCCAGCUGCGUGCCCGAUGCCACCCCACACCCACGCAACCCAAGAAGCCAGGCAACCGCGAUCCGGCUCGGGAUGCCUUCUCCGAGAGGCCUCGGCGACAUGGCCGGGCCUUUCCGAGCACUCACGUCAACAACCGGGGUCGACGCGCGGCCAUUUUCCCUGUCUUGUUGAUCAAAAACGUCAAGGGGCUAUCUCGGUCGAUUUAGCGGCCAUUUUUGGGUCAUUUUUGGGCUUCAAAACCCCGGGAAAAUCACGUCGAGCUCCGGGGUCAAGGGCCGGGGUCAAGGGACGGCCCGGCCGGCCGGCCGCCCGGCCCUUCGCCCGCCGGCCGGAUGGCAACUAUCUGUCGGGCUCCCGCGCAGCGAAUCUUUGCUGCGGGUUGGCCCGCGGGCCGCUACAUGACCGGGCCCGCCGCAUGCGCCGCCAAAGCCUCGCCCGAUAUGGGCGGCGCUGGCGCGUGCCGUUUCGUUUUUUGGGAGGGCCCAACCGCAGGUGGCAGGGUGGCCUCUUCCGAGCCUUCCGCGCCUGGCGGGUUCGUAUGGAAGCCCCCAGCGAAGCACAGGGCGCGAGCCUUCGGCGAGGCGAAGCAGCGCUGCAAAACGGGAGGCCAGACGGCUAAAACGCCGGCGCCCCUGGGUUCUGGUGGUCGUUCAUGAGGGCAUCCGCCAAUCGCAGCUGAUGGCUUGCGAACGCCGGUUGGGUAUGUCUCUGACCCGGGGCGGCAAUGGUGAAGCCACACGCACGGCCACAAGCAAUCUAGCUGCCCCGCGCCACCAGCUAGCGCGCGCGCACUUUUUCAUAAGUCAGCGAGGCCGGAAAAAGCUAGCGCGCGUCGUAGCGGUGGCGAAUGCUAGAAACUUUUUCGGGCCGGGCUGCCCCGUUCGCCUGAUACAAAAAAAAAUUUUCGUUUUGUUGAAAGUCGGGUCUUGUUGACAGAUUUCGCUGGCGUAGCUUUCACCACCAAAAUCAUGACUGUCGCGCUCGCGCUUUAUGAUGUGACUCUCUUAAACUUCUAGCUCUACUUCGUCUGCGUAUCCAGCUUUGUGAUAUUUGUUCCGAGUGAUUUCGUUUUUGUGUUUUAUUUUUGGCGCAUGGCAAACUCAUCAACUCAUACUUCACACAGUUCGACUUGCUGUGGAAGUAUUGGGGAGCGUGUUCGCGGCAUUCGAAUCGCAAGUCCGUCGGGCGACGCGCGCUUCUGACUCGAAAACCAAUGCCAACAAAGGCAGGCGAUCGCGUCUUUUCUCCGGGGAAAGAUACGAGCGGGCGCGUUGUGACGAGGGAAGAUAUUCAAGAACAAAUUGACCUGUCGAAUCUGGAUGCCCAAGCUUCCACUCCUCCCAGUAAAACAAAUCUGCGACGAGCAAUACCGACCCGCGGAACAGCAAACAACUUCCGCGACGCAUUGAAGCAGAUAGAUGCGAUGAUCGCGAGCUGCAACAAAGAGCGGGACUGUUUUCGGAAAUUUUGUGAACGGUCGGAAGACAAGUGCGGAGUUCUUUUAGAUCUGAGCAGCCAGCUUGACAUAAGAACGCUGCUGGAUUUGGAUGCAACAACGGAGGGGAAGUUGAUGGAGUACAUCUUCCGGGAAAGUGAAUCACUGUCCACGAUCCUGAUCAAAGCGGAUGGAAAGAUAGGAAAACUUGAACAAAAACACCAAGCAGCUGACGGGAAAAUAGAGCAGCGCGGGCGGCCGUUUUUGGCAGUGAGAAUCGCGCCGGAUAAGACGAAUUUCAGAAAAGGCCAGAUGGUUGCAACCGACAUCAUCUGCGUCCGCGUCGUCGGCGAUCAGAUCUUCGUAAAAACGAUGGCGCCGAAGGGCAAGAGGGGAGCCGGCGGGUUUAGAAGUUUCGUCAGUGAUAUUUACGACACAGCUGGCAACCUGAUUCCGGUGCCUGGCGCGACUCGGGGAAGGUGGGCAUCAGAUCCCAUAGUGUGCUUCUGCUGCGCCACCGACGGCGGGUCGGAUUGUCUUAAAGGUGUUCGAAGACUCCGUGAUAUCUGUUCCGCCCUGCGACGAGAACGAAGGGAAGAGAUCCGCCGCGGAGAGAAAGCAUCUUCUUACUACGUCGAUUUCUACGCCCGGAAUGUGUUGCGUAACCGUCGCCAACUAUCGCUGAUGGAAUCGGAGUUGGUAACAAUUUGCAAACUGGCACAACGACGAGAGCUUCGCCAUCGCGCUGAAGAAGGUAGCUAACGCCGCCACGAUGCAUGUGGGGUCCGGACGAAGGACCGGAUAAAAUUCGAAUCCGCGAAUACGCUAGCCACCGGUGGCAAGCCAUGCGGUCGCGUUGCGAGGAUUUGCGGGCGGCAAAGGAUAAGGCUUUGGAUUUGAUGAAGAAACUGGAACCAAAGAAAGCAAAAGAGGAAAACAGAAAAACAGCAGCUGCGGCGAGGGAGGCGGUGGAGAGGGAAGAUUUUUGGGCUCUCGUCGAUGCGGUUGCUUCCUCCUUCUCCUGCGCCGACCGGUCGCACAGCGAGACCAAGCUAGAUCAAAGAGCAUUGCUUUCGGAUAUGGACCUUGGCGAGACCGCAAGCCAUGCAUCGGGUUUUUUCGAUGGAUGAAGAUGAGUUCGCGGAGGAGUUCGCGCAACACGCGACUACGCGGCCGGAGGACUGCGUGGGGUUUCUUUUGCUCUGCAGCGUGCGGAUCCGACUACCACGGCGGCAGACACAAUUCUGGACCACGCCCCUCCUGUUUAGCUACCUACUCCGCGAAGAUAGUGGUCGGCUUGCCGCGGAGGCGUUGAUGCUGUUCGAAGAAGAUCAGCUUGGAGACUUUUUGUCUAUGCUGCUUGGGGAGUUCGAGGAGGACGUGGAGAAAAUGGCAAGGGGGGAGCCCAUGUCGGUGGAGUUGCAGCAGUAUCUGGCGCCGUUGUUCCUCACCUGCCAUCCAGGGACGCAGUUGACAGAAUCACUUCGCAGCGCAGUGGAGCUGAUAAAAAAAAUGGCUCCUGCAAUAAAGAUGUAUCGGGCAGGCCUCCGGUACAUACUAGUACUCGUUGUUUAUUUGAUUUGCAGUAGGGGCAGUUGAUACAAGAGCCAGCAGCUAAGCGCAGCCGUCGCUAUGAUAGCACUAGUCGGAGUUGUCGCGAUCAUGAAAACUAAAAACGACAGCCACCAUCUUCAGGGAGCAAAUCGCCCGCGAGGAGUCGCUGCAGUGGGAGGACUGGGAGGACUUGGACCACCGGCCAUCGAUGUUGUACGACAAGAGGCGAACGCAUAAUGUUUGCGAGAAGCAGGGGCACGAUACUACUACCGAAAACGUUUUGCGGAAGGUCGCAUCACCUACGAAAAAGCACGAGCCGAAAGUGCUGCCGAAGUCGCGUGUCGCGUUCCAGUGGUGUGGCGACAAGUUCGACAUGCAGGAGAUGGAGGACUUUCCUGCUGCUGGAGAUGCUGGCGUCAGGAGUGCUCGGGUGGAAACAGCUACGGCAACAGAAGAUCAAACGACGCAGCUGACGCGCUAUCUUGUCGAUCCGCUUGCAAUGCGCCCGCUGCUCGAGACGGCGCUGGCCGUGUAUUACAAACAGGAAGACUUGCUGGGGGAAGACAAGUGCCAGGAUGUGGAAAGCGGUAAAAUCGGAGGCAACAUCGAGCAGGACGGGUCCCAAUUCGUAGCGCCAGUAGUAAAGCGACUCCCGAAGGGAAUUGUCUACGAUCAGACGUGGAGGCCGGGCAAGGCUACUUCGCUGGCGCGGUCGCAUAUUAAGUGCGGUAGUCUGGUGCGGCGGAUUUUGUCAGCGGAGGAUAAGCGACAAGGACAAGAAGAACAGACGCGCUUGCGCUUCCGGAUUCUGCAGAAACGCGGACACUUGGUGGAAGUAAAGAAGAAGGGAGCGCGGGACAACAAGGAGCGCUACGAAAUUUUGUGGAACAACGUAAAAACCUUGCCCGGCUGGGCUACGAAGGAUCAAGAUACGUCUGGCGUGAACCUGCGGCAUCAGGUUAACAGUGCAAGCACGGGCGGGGACGCGUUCGCAGUGGCUUUUGAUGGGCGCGAAGUGUGUGCUAUGUUGUGAAAGCCAAGACGUCAAUCUGCUGCAUUUUCCACAAGGUUUUCUACUUUUGCGCGAGGUGUGUAUACAGGGUGAGCAUCCAAUACAUGCGCACGCGCAACCCCAAUUGCAAUACGGGUCUGCGUAUUGUUGUCACAAAAAUGAAUAGAAGGCUGAUUAUGCAAAAAGAAAAAGAAAUAGAAAACUGAUUCAGCAGUGACAUCGAUUUCGCGAAGCAUAGUGGUAACGGUCCGGCCAGGUGACUGGGUUACGCAGCAGGUGAAACGAGACGACUUGACCGUGGACGGAAAGGUCGGAGUCCGGGGCGAGAUCAAACGACGGAAGGUGGAGGAAGCAUCACACACCGGGAAAGCGGCAACGAAGGCAGAUCGAGUGGAAGUCGGUGGACAAACAGGCUGUCUGCAUCGAGAAACAGUUUCGCGAGAAGCUGCAGAGCCUGCACAUGCAGCACAGGCCAGAAGACAGCGAGUGGAGGACUUUUAUUCCUGCUCGUGUCACGAGUCCUGAUCUGAAGAAACGGCUAGGAGCCAUACCGGUGGACGAAGAUGCGGAGCCGCAGGGGGAAGGUGGGCGGUGCUGCAAACGCGUAAAAGAUGCAGCCCUUGAUCGAGCCUCGAUCGGCAAAACCCGACGCGAACUGAUCUCCGAAGUCUGCACCCUCCUGCAGAUUGACUACGCAACCCUCCGAAAGCCGACUGCGCAAGAAGAAGAUGCGUCGCGUGAAGAGCUUCGACCGUUCAUCGCAGCAGCCGAAAACUGGAAAGCUGCAGGCUACCGCGACAACGAAAGUGAUAACGAUAUGUAGUACAGAGCAACAGUAUUUGUAUAGUCGUUUUGUUCGUGAAGAGAAGUCUGCUCGUACAGCUGUAAGCAUAGAAUCUGUAUGGUAUAGGUGACAUUCGCAUCGUCUUGCUUGUAAAAGUUAAGCGCUGCUUGCGCAUGUUGGACCACAAGCGAUGAAGUUCAGUGUGCUUCUCUUGUUUGAUAAUUUCUGUACAAUACUAACGAAUGCACGUAGAGUAGAGCUGUAUUUGUAGAAUGCAAGAGCUGUGCUUGUAUGAUAGGAAGUAGCGAAAGAAAGGCACAAUAGUGGAAAAAGUAGCAGGAUCUUAGUUGUAAGAGUGUGCGCAUAGCUUCUGAAAAGGUCUGACCAGAAGGAAAACGCGGUCGACUUCCAGGUGUGUUCGUCGUAGUUGAAGCGAUGCUAUGUGCUUGAUUUGUGCCCAGUUGUGUCGGUGUCUGUGGCUCGAAGACAAUGCAUUCCUGUGGAAAAAUAUUCAAUUCUUCUGCUGAUCUUCCCCCGAAAAGAUCACUUUCCAUCAAUAAGCCUAGCACUUUUGUCAUCUGCUAGCUGAAGCUUUCAGCUGAGAGCCGCAAAAAAGCUUGUAAAAGUCAGACUAUUCAGCUACUUUGAUCAAAGUAGCUGAAUAGUCAAGCACUUUCAUGAAAGAAACAAGGUCUGAGCUGAAAGCUUCAGCUGGCAGAUGUAUAGAAUCAGCAUACUUUUCUGCAUUUUCCCUCAUUUUCACUCAUUUCAGCAACCAGCUCUCAAUAAAAAACCGUAGCUGAGUGAGCGAAAACACGAAGAAUACUAAAAAACAAUCUUGCAACUUUUGACAUUUUCCGGAGGCUUCGCCCCACUGUGUACACAAAAAAUCAAGGCGCUUUCCUUCUCCCUUGACGUUCAUUCCAAGGCUGAGGCGCCGCGGUGACGCAGGUCGUCGCUGGUGGUGACGCGGUGAUGGCCGCUGGUGACAUCAACGCCCGUCGGGUCGGCGAGCUCUUGCCCGCCUACGCGCAAACGGGUCUUCCGACGCCGGCCCAUACGCAAGCGCUUUUAGACCUUGUAGCGAAAGGGUCGAUCAAGUCGCGCACCGUCAACCUGUCCUGGAUAGAGUCUCGAUUUGCCGCGAUCGAAUUCCCGAACGACAUCCCCUGCACGGGCCAGCUGCUCCGGCAAACAGCGGAGGCCUCUGGGAACAUGCUGAGGCGUUACGAGAACGCCGUGGGGAUCAAGGUGUCCAUGGGACAAGGGACCUACAGACCCCGAGAAUGUGCACUCUGUGUGAUUUUUGUUUCAUUGACUACAGAGAAAAACUCAACUCGUGUUCUUAUUUUUCUUGUUUCGCAUGCUCUCUCAGCUGUCAACAUAUACAACCUGCGUACUUCAAUCUACAUUCAAUCUCGAAAAACAAAACUACAUCUACAGCGUGGGUCUUCGCGCGUCAUAAAGGUGCUUUGAGGUGCUACUCGGGUAACCACCAGAGGACGGCCGUGAUCAUGUACAGGGACCAGGGCGGAAGCGACUACCUGAGCUUCGGCGUGAUGUGCUGCAAUUAUCUAGCUACAUUCUUGAUUGAAUAGAUGUUGUCUGUGGAUUUUCCUGUCUGUAUGAUAUAGAUAUCCCAAACCAUGUAUGACACGACGUGUGCGAUUGCAGCAAGUUGCUUUUCAUAGAAGAUCUGACUGCAUGGAAACAGCGCAGCUAUCACGCUCGCACUCGCUCCAUGUUUUUGCAGAAAAUGUUUGCGAUGUGACUUAUUUUCUUUGCACCCAAGCCACUUGCUGCAUUCUCUCACUCUCUCACGCUACCUACUCACGCUUUCGCUUGUGAUCAUGUACUAUUACACCCUCAUCAUCACAUCCUCAUCAAACAACAGCUAUCAGGUUCAAGAUCCUGGACUCUGCCUUCUCCGAAAGCGGACAGCUCGCGAGUUUAUAUACUCGUCUUAAGAACGAGGGGAGCGAAGCCCUUGGGGCUAUUUUUGUAGACAAAGUCAGAAGCAUCUACAAACGCGCACAGUUUUUCUUUUUGAUGAUGAUGGUGAUUUCAUAUACUGGCGCGUGGUUGUGUAUUAAAGUUUUGAAUUUUUGUGCUUCUGUGUGUUUGCAUUUCAGUUGCCAACAUUAUUUCCACAGCAGCGCGCGCUCGUAGAUACAGAAGCACAAUCACCAUUCACAACUGGAACAGACUACGUCUUCAAUUUUCACUGAGAGCCGCCCCCGGCGCCAGGCUUUUUAUUUUCCCGCUAUUUUUCCUACAGUCGGCGCUCUUGCGGGGGCGUGUGUUUCCUGUUUAAGUUUUUGUCUAAGUUCGUGUCUAAUUUCCUGUCUAAGUUUUUGUCUAACUUUUUGUCUAUUUUCCUGUCUAUUUUCCUGUCUAUUUUUCUGUCUAUUUUCCUGUUUAUUUUUCUUUUUAUUUUCCUGUCUAAUUUCUGUCCAAAAAGCGGCCUUGGCAGCUUCGGCUGCUGUCUAUUUUUUGUCUAAUUUGCCCAGCUUUGCAAUUUGCGUGCGAUUUUGCCUAUGUCGGCCGUUGCUCUGAAAUUUAGGCGCAAACUUAGAAAAUUUCGGGACGUGGUCAAGAACGGUUGAAAGGGCCGGCGGCGCAAUUGCUUCGUCACUGCGCCUUUCAGGCGGGUCGCCGGCGAUGGGCUCAAGCGUCUGCGUUCUGCAAGUCGCCCGCGCCCCGCCUGUGUCCCCAGCAAAGGCGGCCCGCCUCGGCCUAUUGCCCGGGGCGGGCUUGCUCGCCCAGGCUAGGGCUUGGGCGGUUCAAAAAAUAGCGGGAACUUAGGCAGUCGCCCGCCGGGGCUGGCUCUCCGCGACAAUUUUGUUACGGCUUCGACCGCAAAAGACAUGUCUCCAUUGAUGUACCUCAUGAGGGUGUCGCAGCUGCUAUGCCCCGUAAGCUUGCGAAUUGUACUUAGAGCGGUGCCUUGCCUGUAGAGUUCGGUAGCAAAACUUCUGCGCGGAGUAUGCGAAGUUAUUCUCUCUGGCUCGCAGGACAACUUCCCGCGACACUUGAAGUCGGCGCGGGCUUCUCUGAUUUUUUUGGCCAUGGCUUCGGAGGAGAAGUCGAACAGAGGGUCGCUGUCUUCUAGGCCCUCUUCGUCAAACUCUUUCUGCAUAGCAGCCAAAAAAUCCCGCAUUGCGGGAACCGUCUUGGUCGGGACUUGCGUCAAAGUUCCGCGACCGCCUUUCCUUUUGGCAAGCUUCGAACUGCCACAUCGAAUUUUGUCGAGCAUAAAGUCUUUGCGUUGUAGUGCUCGAACGUCCAUGCCUCGCCUGCCGGUGAGGCACUGGAGAAGCCAGCACAAUUGGCACCUUCUUCCCUGCUUCUUCUUCUGACCACAAGAAUGUAGCAACUGGCCCGCGAACCGCCUGCAAUCAGGCACGUUCAUACUCCCGGACCGCAUCUCCUCCCCAUCAUCCACCUCCAAACUCUUUUCUUGCUUCUUCGGCGAUGCACCUGGUUGGCUUUUUGGUGUGUUCUUAUUUGUCUGUGCCGCCUUCUGCACUGCUUUCUUCGGCGGAGUCGUUACCAUCGUCGGAGUUGUGCACUUAGUUUUGCGCGUGCGCUUUUUCAUCGCUACUGCCGUAGUGGAAGUGCCCACGCUAGUCGAAGAGGCAUUCUUCGUUGAUUUAGGUUUUGCGGUUUUGCCUUUUGACUUCAUCUUGGUCCGAGAUAAAGUUUAGGGCUAAGGAGUCAGCUACUUUUUGAAAUGAAAAUCAAAAAGUCUAGGCUGCAACAUUUGCCUAAGGGGUUCCGUGAUAAUCUUAUACUUUACAGCUGAAAUGUGUACACUCAGCACAAAUUCAAAUUUAGCACUGAUCGAAGUGAGCGCACAACUGCACGUCGUGGGUGAUAAUCUUCAAACAAAGUCACAGCGACAACAUUUAUAAACAGCUCGACAAACAGUGCCAGCAGUACUUGGCCAACCACACAACGGGCGUGAAGAAAACGAGACUGGAGCUCUUCCAGGUAUAUUGUGUUUUUUUCUGAGAGAAAGAAAACGAAGCGAGGCGUCAUGUUUUUUCUUCUAUAUUAGGGCUUCAACUUCCACAGCAAUGCCAAGCUUCUUGCCAGCUUUUUACGUUCAUGCUUGUCACAACUGUCAUCGUUUUCACUUGCGCCUUGUUACCAUUUUCACCUGCAUCGUCGAACACCUAACACAAAUAUCAGGCCGCCUGCCAGUCCUGCCAUACCGACCUCGAGAUCUCCGCGGGCCUCUACCUGUGUUACUCGUUCACCGAGAGCAGCGCGGUCUUCUUGGGGUAUUUUCGUCGCUUCGGCGGCCGUGCCGACGAAAAGACUUACGCGGCUUUUGUGAAGUAUAUAUUUAGCCGCUGCUGUUUUGAUUCACUUAAACCGUUGUGCAUUUUACCACUGUAGUGAUGUGCUGUAGAUGUUAAGCAUUCUGCUUCGUCGUGAAUAGUGUUACUCUGCGUGCUACACUGGGCGAGAAAAAAGCUGCACGCCAUACCACGGCGAGUGAUGUUAUCCUCGACCCAUACACAAACGGCUAUACAUUUGUGUUUCGGUUUCGCCAUAUGUGUUUACUUAUUUACGAACCAGACGUCUUAUCAGGUUAAAGCUGCGCCCGCAGAACAUCCGCGGCAUGCCAGAGGUCCUCCGCGUCGCGGGUAUGUGCGUGCUCGGUCAAAUCGUCACGAACUCCAAGGGCGCGGAGCAGGCGCAGGCUUUGAACGACGAGGGGUUGGUCGUGCAGGGCAUGCGGCUCAGGGGCGUGUCGCUCGAGGUCCGCGAAGUAAAGAGUGUCUCUACUUGCUUAAGAUACAAUAUCCGGAAGACCGAAAAUGCGGACUCGCCGUACAAUAAAAAGACUACUCAUCUUACGGCGGAGAUGAGUCGAAACUCCAUAGGAGGGAGGACAUUCGAGGAGGGGGAAGCCGGCGUUACGCUAUACGUAUUAGAGUUAGUGACUUUGAUUUUACAAAUUGCGUCUGAUUUCGUGCGUGAUUGUUGCUGGGCAUCUACUUCUACAUCUACCACUAGCACUGCCAUAAGCUCACGCGAUGAUCUUCGUGGCGCGCGUUCCUCUGCUUCUCCAACUUUGAUAUGGUUUUGUAUUGAUUCGCAUUGCAGACGGUAUUCUGAAGCCAACAUGUGGCGCACCUCUGCGCGAUUGCUAUUCCCGCGCAGAAAAGCAUUACGCUGCGUGGUAUCAUGCAUUCAUGCUACAAUUGUCAUGCGGCACAUCGUGGAUAAUCUAUCUUAUACCGCAUGGCGCGAACAAUUUUUGUAUUUUGAUUUUGAAGCUGGAGUUGUAGAUGAGCGCGCGCCGUCGUGUUAUCCUUAUCGAGUAGCAUCUUCAUGAUCAGCAUCAACUCCAUUUUUUGUGCAGACGAUCGAGGACCCCACGCGCGACAUCGUGACCGCCACCACGCCGCAGGAGGCCGGGUUGCAGUUCCCGGGAGAAUGGCGGGCCGCAUAAUCGCGCCGCCAACGCGGAGGCGCAGCGCCUGACGAACAAGCUUUCCGUCGUCAAGAACACCCUCGCCGCCAGCCAGGUGCUCCGCCUGAACGUGAUCCAGGGCCAGAUCAGCGCGAUAAAAGCUGGCGCUACGUUGGCGGCGAGCAUUGCGAUGCAAAAGGGCGUCCGCGUGGCGCUCGACUUCGACCCCAGCGGACCGCUGAAGUCUUUAGAUGACAAGAAGGCCGUCACUAUGGAGCGUGGUAGUAACCCGCUGCAGAAGGAGGUCCGCACGCUGAAGAGCGCCGAAGAAAAAAGACACAAGAAGGAGAAGCUGGACACCACGAAGUUGCACAACAAGCGCACCCAGGCCGCCAUGAAAGAACAGCAUCCCCACGAAGAAGCGGAACGACGAAGACCCCCCGCAUGUGACGGAAUUGCGGAAGGAGUUGAUCAAGUUGCUGGAGAAGCAGUCCAAGGACCACACUGACACGAUUGCCGCCCUCACGGAGCGCGCCGCUUUUGGCGGGGGCGACACUUACUGGAGAGCGAAUGUCGAGCCGCAGAAUAUGCAAGCGAAUGCAUAUCAUGCCUCUACAUAUAUUAUUGCUUUGCUUGUAUUAUGUUUCUUCAUGCGCAUCGACGUCAUGAGCUGCAGUCGCGUCGUCUUGGUCCUAUGCCAAAACAUGACUGCGUCUACGUCUAUAUUUGCAUUUGUGUACUUUUCUCAUCCCUAGCACGAGCUACGUCUACCAUUUCAAAAAUGUAAAUUUGCAAUGCGUUUGCUUAGCUACCAACUCUGAGUCGCCACCUACUCAGGUGAAUGCGGAGAGCUUGCGUGUCGACAUGCCGUGCUACCAGUUGACCGACCCGACGAAGAUCAAUGAGGAAUGGAAGCUGACGGAGGAGGAGACGCGGAUCCAGAAAGUCUACCCGCUGCGGAUCCCCAUUAAUGUGCAGCGCCCCAACAAUCACCCGAACCACGGCGCGUGCCAGAAAUUGCACAUGACCUGGCGCAACAGCAGCCUCGACGUCGACAAAGAGCCCUUGACCUUCGUCCCGUGCAAUGUGGUAUUGCUAAGAUAUGACAAUCGUCGCAAGGGCAAGCGCCGCGAGGUGUUUAAGUUUUUUUUUUCUUUGCGCCGUAGCAUACAAUCACGCUGCAUUUACAAAAGCAAGUCGAAAUAAAAAGCGAAAGACAUCAUCGACACAAGCGACGGCUACGUAUCAGCUUCGUACUUCUUUUGCACAUCGGCGGGAGUUGAUGACGCAGAGAAAGCAACCGCCUCCGUUGCAAGUCGAUUUUUUCAUCAUGCACGUGGACAGUCGGACUCAUAGUCUUACCCAUAGUUAGUUCGCAUUCUUGUUUUACAUCACAGCAGCACACAGACUCGAUCUCACCACGACCGCGACUACGUCGACAGAGGACGCAAUUUAAAUUUUGAAUUUCAAUCAGGCCUUCGGUUCCGGCCCCGAAAGAUUCAGCAUCCAGCUCAAGCUGCCCUUCGGCCCGAAGAAGACCGCGCUGUCCCCCAAGCUGACGCUGUCUGGUGAUAAGAACGCGGAAAAAGCUAAAGCGAAAGGCAUUAAGCCGCCGGAGAAGAAGAAGUCGACUGCCAAGGAAAAGAAGGAUCUCGAAGAGCGUGACGCUCUUGCUCUGCUCAACACGCUCGGCCAGGCGAAGACCCCGGAAGAGAAAGACCGUCUUUUGAAGACGCCGGAUGCGAAGCUCGUGGCGUUUUUGGAGAAGAACAAGGAUGAGGGCGUGUCCGUCAACUUGCUGAAAGCCUUCAGUACCGGCGUCAACCAGGACGACGGAACCGACGGCCAUGGCGGUGGCAGUUCCAGUUCCGCGUCUUCCGCGACCGCCGCCGACGCGAAGUUAGAUGCCCGCACUGAUGCGCGCCGGGCCGCAAGCUGGCCAAGGGUAACGCCUCGUGGGACUUCCUGAAGCUCGGCUCCGACGACACCCAGGGCCGCUACUUCACCAAGGAGAGCGCCGUUUGCUUUCCGGCUCCGAAGACACCCGAGAACGAGAAGCAGAAGCUGUCUCCGCCGGAGAAGAAGCAGAAGAAGUCCAACUCCGCUGAGAAGCGCAGCAAGAGCAGCAAGGCCUAGUCAAAAUUGUAAGACUAUUUAAGAAAAUGAAAAUGAAAAAAGUCGAAAAUUAUAAAAAUACAUGAUAAAUAAGAAAAGGGAGACUUGCCUUCUACAAUUUUUCUGCUUGAUUAAGAUUGAGUAGUCGUAUGCCUUGCGGAAUUGCAUUUCGCCCUAGAUGUAAGAUGAUAAAAAAUAGCAAGAGUGGGGUAACAAUGAAAUCCUUAUCCGCCCCCCCGGCGGAUAAGCCGGGGGGGGGCCCCCCCCCGGCUUAUCCGCCGGCGGGCCGUACCGGUAUAGCCGCGACAAAGUGGCCGGGCGCUGCCAUCGCCUGAAGGACGCGGAAAUGCCGACAGCAUCCGGCAUGUUGUUGGAAGAUUUUGAAACACCACAAAGGCCGACGGCAUGACGCCGCCGGCCUUUGUGGUGUUUCUUUGAAAGUAGCAGGCGCAGCAUUUGAAGGCCCCACACCCACUGCCGGGACUGCUUUAAAAAAAACCGCCAGCAGAUACAUACUUGCCACGCAAAAGGUGCAAAAACUUGGGGAAUUCGCCACGCAAGAAGUGGCCCAGCAAAUAGCAGCGGGCCCACAAGGCCAGGGCCAGAAUGAACUUGCCCCACAGCAGUAAACUCCCAGCGUGAGGGCCACCGGGCUUCCUCCCUUAUAUCCUUCGGGCCAUGUGCUUACUUGCCAGGCCAUGCCGCCCUGCUCUUGGGCACGCAUGUCUGCAGGCAGCGGCCUAGGGUCCGAAGCGAGUAGAAUGAAACGCAACGGGCUGAGGGUUUCAUCUUGCGCGCGCCCGCCUUUUAGGGGCGUGCGCCUGUGCAAACCGAAACCCAAGCCCACUGCCCGCCAUGGGCCCCCCUGCUUUUUCAAUGGGCCCAGCCUGCCACGCACCGAAACAGGCCGCGACAACGCCCAAGGCUGCGCGCCGAGGGCUCGCCCCUUAUAAAUGUGGGGCUCCGUCCGUGGUAAAAUUCCCCCCGGUGGUGUGCUCGACUUAUAUUCUACCGAGACAGGAGCGGGCUCUAGGCUGGGCAGCCAUUUCCUGGGCCGCGGGCCGGGCCGUGCUGGUGGCGUGUUUGCUUGCCGCAGCGCGGUUCAAUAGCUUCCGCCACGGCCAUAGGCAUCCAAGCAAACAAUUGAGCCGCGCGGGCGACAGCCUCGCGCGCUCUACUUUUGUUCACCGACUUUUUUUUUCAUACCGCCGCCGGCCAAUGUUUGUGCCCUAGGUUUCCGGCGCGGCGCAAAUGCCCGCCCGAAAUCAGUGAUGCGAAGCAGGCCCCUGUGUCCAGUGAGGUUUUCUCGGUUCCCAUUACAGGUUUUCCCGCCUCCCAUCUCGGGCCUCGGUGGGGUUUUCCCGCCGCAAAGGCCCCGGGGCCCAGUGCGGCGGGCUGUGGCCCUGGGCAAGCCGCAGCCCGCUACCAGCUACCACCCCCGAGCUGGCUCACCCGCGACACCCCGGCCGCCUCGCAGCGCGGCACGCAUGGCGCCAGGUCGCCGGGGCAGCAGCUCCGGGGACUUGCAUGGGGCUGCGGGCUGAGUGGUGAUGUCUUGCGUGGCCUGUUUUCAGCGCGAAGGAAUUGGUAGCCGUCGGGGCUUGUGAGUAGCUUGCAAUCAAGGCCAGCGAGGUGCUUGCACCUGCGAACAGCCCCAAGGCUGUUCGCAGGUGUGUGAAGCCUGGCGCCCUUGUUUGCGAGGCACGCUGCCGGACUCGGUCUGUGUGUGUGUCUCUUCUGUCUGGAACAUGACGAGGCCCGGGCUUCUAUUGACAAACCCGCUAAACAGGCCCCGGCGUGUGAAGCUAUCUAGUUUCUGUGUGUGAAUUCCCAACGCCACGUCUUUCCGCCUCGUUUUGUUUGCAUGGCAAACAUUGACGCGCUGCGUCCCUUCAUUUUCUUGCUCUAUCAAUCCCGGUGGUGCGACGUUUGGCAAUUUCCUGCGCAUUACUUAAAAAAGCCAUAAGCUUAAGCACCAGCGGCGUGCCGUGUGUCGGCCGGGGCUCCCUCGGGCUCAUCCAAACGGCGCCGGGGCCGGGCCAGUUCAUGGGGCCUAUUUCGGGACAGCCCGCCGGCGGAUAAGCCGGGGGGGGGCCCCCCCCCGGCUUAUCCGCCGGGGGGGCGGAUAAGGAUUUCAUUGUUACCCCACUCCAAAGAGAAAUAAGAAUAAUAAGAAAGAAAAGUGAAACGCUAUAACUUGAAAAGGGGGCGGCCGCCGUCUACAGUUGCGACUGGUAGUUGUGUGUAGCUGUCCCGAGAGUCGAAAAAUAGCUCAAGAGUUAAGAAGUUGACUCGUAAAUCAUCGCGAUAAAAAAGUCCCGCAGCUUCGCGCUCCUGUUGUGUCGUCGCUGCAGGCACAGUGAAGACAUCGCCUCCCUUCGCCACGCAUUAUCAGUCUGCCUGGUCCUCAGUCUUACUGACUCUGCGCGCGUGACAUAGUAUUCGUUUCGAUCUCGUGGGUUACAUUGACUCUUGCGCUUUCUUUCUGCUACACACCGACGAGCUAUAUUUGGCGCAGUUUGCUUUUGCUUACAACUACCUUUGCCCCACGAGAUCAACCAUCACUGUUUCGCACUAAAAAACGAAAGCUAAUACUUCGUCCAUCUUUGUUUGCCCCCGUCUAUCGGGGGUCUGUUGAUGACGCGGCACAUUUGGAAGACUGUUGGUUGUGCUCGCGCGACCGACAGUUUUGAGCUAUACACUUAAUGCACAGUUGAUGGACAGUAGCGGUGACGUAGUAUUACAAUAACAAGAGCGACAAUAUGAGCGAGCCCGUCUAUCAUAUUUUCGCGGUGCUUAGAAGUUGGCGACACUGUCGCACACGCUGCUGAUUGAUAGCCAUAUCUACAAUUUCAUCGCAAGACUUGCGAAUAAUUCAAUUUGUUCGAAAGUUCAAAUUGAAUAAUUCAACUUCGUGAAGAGUUCAAAUUGAAUAAUUCAACUUCGUGAAAAAUUUAAACUGAAUAACUCAACUUCGUGAAAAAUUCAACUUCGUCAGUCUUAAAUCGAGUCUGAUUCUUAGAUCGAGUCUCGGCCUUAGUCUGAAUCUUAAGGCGCAUUCUCAAAUCGUCUCGAUCUGAAUCUUCAGUCGCAAUCUCAAAUCGUCUCGAAUCUCAAUAAAAGUUUUAAUCUUAAAUCGUCCGACACUAUCAAAAUCUUAAUCAUAAUAUCGAUCGCAGGCCAUAAUCUCGAUCACAAAAAAUACUUUCGAUCUCAAGCCAUAAUCUACAAAUCACACAGAUUGGGGCGCAGCGUCAUCAUAUUGAAAGGGCGGGGGGGGCGCGGGGGGGGGGCGAGGGCCCCCCGCAUGUAAGUCGUCAUCUCAAAAGUCAUCGGCUUCGAUCUUAAAGGUACAAUCUGCGGUCUUAAAAUCAUUCACACAGAUUGGGGCGCAGUGUCAUCAUAUCGAAAGGGCGGGGGGGGGUCGCCCGCGCCGGAAUGAGUAGGGGGCCACUCGGAUCGGGGGGGGCGCGGGGGGGGGGCGAGGGCCCCCCGCGUGUGAAUCUUCAUCGCAAAAGUCAUGCGCUUAAGAUCUUAAAGUUAUAAUCUUAGAUCUUAAAAUCAUUCACACAGAUUGGGGCGCAAUGUCAUCACAUCGAAAGGGCGGGGGGGAGUCGCCCGCGCCGGAAUGAGUAGGGGGCCACUCGGAUCCGCGCGAUCGCGUGGCACUUUCUUACUGAAAUCCCUAAGGAAAAACAAAGCUCACCCGGUCGCGCGUCCGAGGAGAGCAACGCGAUCAGGCAGCCGGAGAGUGAAGGCGACGAUCGCAUCCCUGCAAGCUGUACAUGGAUUGCCACCUAUCCUCCUGAGAAAUCAGGCAGCCGGCCCGAGGCAUUUUCCGCUAGUAAAAUUUUUUUAAAAUGUCACUAAUUCCGGGAAUCGCGGGCCGGCUGGUUGGGUGCGGCACCCUUUGGGCACGCGCCGCAUUCGGGGAGGGGGGCGCGGCAUAGUGUGGCGCCCCCGCUUUUUGUUUUCCCGGGUGUCGUAAGCUUCCGGGCCGUCUCCCCUGGUUGUGUGUUCUCCCCCGUCCUCUUGGGGAUGGGGGCCGCUUAUCAUUGGGCCUUUUCGCGCGCGCGGCGCCUUGGCUUUUGGUGGUGGCCUGCCCUCGGGCGCUCUUUUCCCUUACCUCAGGGAAUGUCUCGGGUCGGGCCCUUGCCCGGGCCUUCGGUUUUUCUUUGUCCGGUAUCUUUGCAAGGGAGGGGGGUCCUGUGGUGUGGUUUGGCACACAGGGGCUGCCCCUCGUGGCCAUGGCUCAAAUCCACCGGGGCCCGGCGCCUUUGCAUUUAUGGGGGGCAGCGCGCAGUGGGCCCGGCUCUGGAAAUCAGGCAGGCGUGAGGCCGGGGCUUUUUGGUCUUUCACGCACCACCCCGAUCCCGGGCGGCUAAUGAAGAGGGUAAUCCCGGCGGUAAUUUCCGGGGUUAAUCUGACCACAACGAAAUCGGGAAGGUUUCGUUGGUUUUGGAAUUAGAACAAAAAUUAGACUACAGAUUAUACUAUAAAUUAGACCACAAAUUACCCCAAAAACCCAAGGAAUUAACCUGCCCCCGGGGGGCAGUCACUCCGCCAGAGCAUUGGGCUUUCAGUUGGCGCCAUUUGCCACCACGUGUCCUGCUUUUUCUCGGCAGUCCGCCCGCCCGCAGCUCCCGCCCGCCCGUGGCCUUUGCGUCUUUGAAUGGAUUCCCCCCGACCGGUGCCUUUCCCAAUUUGCCCCGAAGAUUGAAGGGGUGUCGCUCUGGAAACCCACAAACAACAGGCCCGCCGGGGUCGCGUUCCGGCCUCCUUUGUGAUUUGGCGGAGGCCCCCCGCGCGCAGGCUUCGCAGGCUCCUAGGCCUUUCUUCGGUGCCGGGGCACCCUUUGGCGCCUUUCCCGGCGCGCGCCCGCCUCCCCUGCAGGGGGGCGCGGGGGGGGGUGCCCGGAGGGCGGCGCCCGCGAUGGCUUUGCGCCCCCGGAAGUAUGGCGGCACCCCCGGCGCGCUUUCUAGUCGGGUCCCUCUUGCGCCUGCCCUCCUUCGCUUUGGGGAUUAGCCAAACUUCAGCCAGGAAUUAACGAAAUAGCUUGCCACGGGCCGGCUGCCUGAGAGAAAUCUUUCCCCUGGGUAGCCAGAAUUGCUGUGCUAAACACAGCAACUCGGGGAAAACAAACAAAAUUCUCCAUCCCAUUACCCGCACCUUCCCACUAUGCCACUAUUCCUCCAUUACCCUGAUACCCUCCCAGCGCCCUAUUGGGAGAUCUUUUCCCUAGGUCGCCAGAAUUGCUGCGCUAAACACAGCAGCGCGGGCAAACAGACGAACUUUUCCCAUCCGUUCCCAAUAUCCUCCAACUAUCCUGGAGAUACCCUCCCAGUAUCCUACCAGGAAAUCUUUUCCCCAGGUAGCCAGAAUUGCUGUGCUAAACGCAGCAACUCGGGAAAAAAAAAACUCCCAUCCGCUUCCAAUAUCCUCCUCCUAGCCUGCAGAUUCUCUUUCAAUAUCCUACCGGAAACCUUCCCUCUGGGUAGCCAGAAUACCUAUGCUAAACACAGCUAACAGCUCGGGAGAAAAGCCAAGCACCCUUCCGGUGCUGCUCCCAAACUGGGGCGCGCUGCGGAUGCGUUUUCAAUGUGCUUCCGGCUGGGUUUCCUUGCAGCUGGAAACGCACUGCGGCACGACAGCAGAAGCAGUGUUCUUCUCAGUUGCUACCGAAAACGACGGACCGCGCGCCCUGGCGGCAGGUGAACUCUGUGAAAAAUGCGCCUUCUAGCGCAAGUCUGCGAUGUCACACCGAGCGGGCGAAGCUAUUCGAAUCUCGUACACUACUACCACGCCGACAAUGACAACAGUGCGAGCAGUUGUCUCGAUGCAGACGAAGACGUAGUGGCACAAUAGAAAGUGGACUCUGGUCAUACAAAAUAAAACAAGCACGAAGCCAGACAGAUGAACACUACAUGGGAACUGACAUCGAUGUCGUCGCCAGCGAAUCUCUACGCAUGCGAACAAUGAAUGCGCAAUGAUGGAAGCUCUCACAGCCUGUUGGUAUCAGUAAGACUUCAAUCAGCUGCCCUUUUAUAGCUCGCGUGGUCCGCGUGCGCCGACAAGUCGCGAAGGUCUCGGCUUUAGCUUUAGCCUGUCACUGUAGUCAUAGUCGCAAGCUUGGUGCCGUUUUGAAAAAGUCUCUAGGUGUGUCUACAUCUGUUGCAAUGUGGUGACGACCUUCGCCAUCCAGGCCUCCCAUCCGCGUUGCUGCCCUGCCAUCGGUGUCGAUCGGUUUCGCUUAUCUCCCUUUCCUACGAUCACAUGCGCACUUAUCUCGGUACUCGGUGUUGAUGUCCAGCUACAAAAAAUACAACACAAACAUAAUACUCGAUCUUUGAUGUUGUGCCUGCCAUCACCUGAGUCCAGUUGUCGGCAGCUCUAGCAGUUAUUGCGUCGAUGCAAUUCAGAAAAGUCAUGCGCCGCAUCACAGUGAGAGAGAUGUCUUCAUGUCCAAGCAGAAUAAUUUAAUUUCUUCGCGACGACUUCUAGGUCGGUCGUGAUGAUAGAUGGAUCUCGCAGGGUCGUUAUGUCUUGUUCGGUUUGCUAUUGCUUGACGCGAAGACGCCCCGACACCGCCUAGUUGCACAAAGAAUCGGUUGAAAAAAAAAAUAGUUGUGGUUCUACUAUAAACAGCAACUAUUUUAAUGCUUGCGCCGUGAUUCGAGAUCACAGUUUUUUUCGGUUCGUGUUGAUCAUCGGUUGAUCUUCGAGCAAAUAAAUCCGGGUUAGGUGCUGAGUAAACGCGUUGGGUGAUGAACAGAUUGCGGUGGCGGCCGUAAUUUAUUCAUCACCUUCGCUGAAUAUAUUCAGCACCUAACCCGGAUUUAUUCCUCUCGCCAAUAUGUCGCGAACAUCAACUUGUCCAUUCAUAGAUGAGGGCAAGGGCUGGCUCCACCCGGAUGCGCAAGAACAAAAAGUCGACGACAGCCACCGAUUGAUUCUCGGCGGAACUUUGUUGAGUGGCACAGGCUUCUAUACCGCUUGGCAGAGCCAGCUUCCAGAUGCAGUGGAAACUCAGAGCGGCGACCGUUGGGUCGAGCAAAGUGGUUCUCUGUCGCAGGUAGUUACAGAUCGACGCAGGAUGGGUGGUGGUGGUCAGGACCAGGAGGAUGAUAAAAGGCAACAAACCGGGUACCGUAUGAUAGAUGGCUACACAUAUGUCUUCAAGGAGCGCAAAGGGCCACAGGAACUGGAACUGCCCGAUUAUGAAAUUUUGACACCGGAAAAUUUUUGUAUGCCCCAAAAAAAUUUGGAUGUCCUGUGAGUUUUGCGUGCGUGCUAGUGCGUGCGUGCAACUUUGCGCGAUUUGCGCUUGCGCGCGAACGCGCACGCGCAGACGUUUGCGCGAUCGCAAAGUCGUAGGCCCGCGCGCACGCGGCGAUCGCAAGCCAAGCCUUGCGCGCGCGCUUGCGAUCUUGCAGUCGCAAUCAAGGUCGCGAGAUCGCAGGAUCGAGCGUGCGACCGCAGACCAAGCCUUGCGCGCGCGCGCGGUCCGAACAGAGCUCCCGUGCGCGCUUGCGAUCGCAAACGUGCAAGAUCGCAGGAUCGUGCGCCCGAUCGCAGACUAAGUGUUGCACGCGUGGCGUGCGCUCCGGACAGACUCUUCGCGCGAGCGCGCACUUUCCAAAACAGGAAGCAUGCAUGCGCUCUCCUCGCAAAAAUCUCGGCGCGCGCGCAAGCGCCAAUCUCACAAAGUCGCUUCGCACGCACGUACGUGCGCAAAACUGACAUCCGCACAUGUCCCAACGCCGAACUCAAGCAGUAUUGCAGCCACGUCGUCCGUAAUUUCGCGAGCAGAGAGGCACACGGCAUCACACCGCUCGGCGAUAGUGGCGACAGCCACGUACCAUUUCCAGCGGACCGCAGUUACGUAUCAACGAAAAAUAAAGUAGUGCAAGCGCUUCAUGCCUAUCUCGUAAUACCUAGCACGGUCUGCCGUGCGAGCUAGCACGAUAUAGGUGCGAAACAUUUCCCAGCUUUCCCCCCAUAGGCCUACGACGAAAACCGUCUGUACCCCCGCGUCAAGGCAAUAGAGCCCGACAAUGUCGAAACGCAGAACAAACUAUCUGGCAACUACAAUGACGGCGACAGCCGCACCAAAGUGGCAAAGACGAAGCACUACGACAUCAACUCGGACGUACGCCAAUGAACUCGCCCCCCACCCCCCCCAAAACGCCCGUGUUAUGUCCCACCCAAGCACAUGCCCUUUUUAAAAUGCAUACGCAGCAAGGAAAGAGUAAACGAGCCUGUGAGCGUCGCUCGAGCCUUGGCGCGGGAGCUAUUUAGUUAGCUGGAUCCAAUACAUGCAUGAAUCGGGCAGCGGGCGCGCGAUGGAAGGUCAAAGCUUUUUGAUUUUCCUGCUUUUUUCGCAGCUAUUGAGCAGCUUUGCUCGCUUGGCAGUUUUGCCUACUCAUGUCACGCUUGUGACGCCACGCUUGUGACACCGGCAGCUUUGGCCCGCCAGCUCCUUUGGCUCCUGCAACAUCUUUGUUGCUAGUUUUUGUCACGCUUGUGACGUCACGCUUGUGACGUCACGCUUGUGACACUAGCCAGCUUUGGCUACUGCAGCAUUUUGUUGCUAUUCGCGUCACGCUUGUGACGUUGCCUUGCGGCUUCCGCAACGCCUUCUAUAAUUGCGAUUUAACAUCUUACUUCCGCGCUGUCGCCUCUUUGGCGCUCGUCGGCUGGCCCUCCUGUUCCGAGGUUCAUCCGCUCUCUGUGCUGGGUUCUCCUCGGCUGCGGCUCCGCCUUGGUGGGCCGGGGCCUGCGUCCUGUGGACUUGCCGGGAGGACCGCCGACAUACGCCAAAUGGGCUCGCUUCGUUCUUGGAUUGGAUAACUAAACAACCAAAAAGAAAACGCGCGCCUUUUGGUAAGCAAGUGACGCGCCUUAUUUUGAUCAGAAAAUACACAAUUGCUUCGCUAUCUGCUCACCAAGUACAAGUAGCGCACUGCUUGGCUGCAGAGGCUGCUUCAACAUUUCGACAAAGUCGCGGCAUUUGGUCGCGGAGAUGCCCGACAGCGAGAGGACGUGGGGCGCCGCAGAAACGCAUGCUGUGCCUGGCAAAGCAAUAGGAGAUAAGUAGGGGUGGUAAAUCUUUAUGAGAGAACACGAUCCAACCACGUCGCCAAAUACAUCGCCCCGAACCAUCGGGCCCGCGCCACGUUUGCCAUGCUGUCAGCCGUGAGCGGAGGCUUCUUCAAAUUUAGAAAGCUCGCGAAGAUCUUUGGCGCGUUAUCUAUUACACCUCCUCCGCGGAAAGUGCAUCAUAAUGCGGCGCGUGGCGUUCUAUGCCACGGCAUAAAGUAGCAGGAGUUUUGGUCAUCUUUAGCUGCAUUCAUGCAGCAAACUAUAUGCCCCGGCUGUUUUUGUUUUGCAUGUGCAUGGGCCGCAAAUCGGAUAGUACAUGGAUUUGCAGCCGCCAAAAAAGCCGUUAUUUUACCGGCAAGAAAAGCCUAUCCGUAAUUAAUAUGCAAAGCCGAUGACUUCGGCGAGCGCCUUUUGAUCGCUAAUCCGCAUGGUGUGUUCGAUGUGGAACGCGCCAAAAAUCUGCGCCGGGCCGCCGGCGAGUGUAAUCCGGGUUGCCGAACGCGAAGCGCCGACAUUAUAUCUGCUUGUGCAGCAUGAUGGCUACAAAAGACGAAAAAAGUUGCGUCGCUGACUGCAGUAUACCAAGGUGUAUGAAGUUUCGCGCGAGAUGUCUUCUCCUGCGCUGGAGUAGAUCAGCAAAAUUCAUUCCAAUAAUUAAGUGUGGCGCUGGCGCCAGCUGUUUUGUUCCAACUACUCCACCAAAAAGCUGAGGCGUGCCUUGGUGUAUAAAGUUACGCGCACGGAAACUUCAUGCCCGUCUACCUCUUUGUGAACCACCGGCCGGCGCGCGCUUCCUCCCCAGCCGGGUGCCUAGUACUACUCCAAGAACCUUACCAAGACGACCCCGGUCCUGUUCUCGCUGCCGAAAUCCUCUGCGACCAAGCAGAUACCGACAGCACUUUGUCGCCGAAAUACCAAGGGUUUUGAGGUCAAGCGCUGCGCUAUUUUAGAAGCCAAUGCCCUCAGGUCCAGGAGAGCGUGAGGCACGUAAACAAAAAAACGCGUUACUUGGUCACCAAAAAAGGAACUAUUUGAACCCCCGACGUGUGCUUUUUGGAUCACCCAAAUAACAAUAGUGUUUUGGGGGUGGGGGGCGAGUUCAUCGGAGUAGGACGCGCACAGAGAUCAGAUACGGUGGGCGGCACAGCGUCAAAUUGGUUUGCAUUUUGCGAAAAAGCUGUCGCCAAAUAUCGGGGGAGCCGAUUCGCCCAAAAGCAGAAACACGAUGGACCAGGAACACAUGAUGUGGGAUGCGCAUGUCCGAGAACCUCUUCACCAGAUACCGCUGAAGGAAGUUGACGAGAACCGCCGCGCCAACCGGUUCCCGACACACGCAAACGACGAGAUUGAAGUGUUGGCGGAGCUGAACAAGCUGCUUGGCGCGGGGGAGCGAAUCGGUAACUUUCGUGACCGUGAGGCCGAAGAGGAAGGCCGCGUGUACACGCCGGAACAGAUUGGCUCUCCAAAUUUGCGCUGGCCGACCGCACAAAUUCAAAUUGGCUCUCCAAAUUUGCGCUGGCCAAAGCCAAGCAGAAGAGCAAUAGAAGCGGAAAUAAACGAGCAGAUGGUCGAGGACGCCCAAAGUCAAAGACGGGGCAUCGAGACCGACCUCGACCUCCACCAGGCAACUGAGAAAAGAAACCCGGCCUCUUUGCAUCGCCCCUUGGCUGCAAAAGAGGCGAAAAGUAGGCGAAACAAAAUUGCAGCCGGGUACUUCUUGGCAAAAGCUGCCCCGAUUUCUCGUUUUCCUGGGGAACUGUUUGACUUUCGCCAAAUAGCGAUUUCUCCUCCGAUUGUGAACGCAGCGUACGCCGGGCUACGGCUCUCGCCGGAUUUCGAUUCGUACUUCACGGAUGACAUACCGCUUUCAGGAACUGGAAUGGAAGUAAGUAGAUACCUCGACCAAGACUCGACGUAUUCUGCGAGGUGGGACGACAUCCCCACUCGUCGCGACCACUUCGGCGCCGACAAAAUCAAUAUCAUUAGGUAGACCAGAUCCCGCGCUCGUUGAUGAUCAUAGCCAUAGGCAAGGGACAGCCGUACAGGUGUUGCAGUUCAACAUAGUGCAAGGNCUCGGGAGAUGCUGGAGAGCACAGGACGACGGCAGCAUUUGGCGGACAAGCAGCGUGCGAGACACGCGGCCAAGAAAAGGAAGUGUGAACCCGUUCACCCGAAAGGGUGACCCUGCUCUGCCAGGGAAGGUGUUCGGCGACCUGUUCCGAGCGUCCUCCUUUAGGUGGGCGCAAACUGCGUUGGCCCGGAGUUUCGAGGAGCACAAGAGGUGAACGCAAACUCUGCCAGGCGCGCGGGGCUUCGCUCCGUGCAAAUUGAGAAUGUGCGCCGGUUUGCCGGCAGCCGCCGGAGGAGAGGGAAGCCGACCGGGCGUGAGCCUUCUGCCUGUGAGGGGAGUGUGUACGCAGCCCAUCCCCAGUGAGGUCUGGGUCUGCGGCAUCUACACCCCGGUAGGAGGUUCGCCGGCGCUUCACCUUCGGCUCCGCAAAAUGUGCGCCGGUUUGCCGGUGUACAUCUUUGGUCCAACAUGAUAACGCUUGAUACUUUGAAAUGAACACAAGAAGCUCACGGGCACAACGCUCGCGGCCAAAAGUCUAGGACAGGUCGCCGAGCACAGAAAUAAAGAGAUACAAGCAAGAAGGGAACUCCCACAGUAGGAUUGUCGUGUCUGUGUGUUUCUCAGGAUGUGUUCGACCUAAUGACGAUCUUUAUCAACGGGCUGGCUUGGUUUGGCGUGAUAAUGGAUAUCAUUAGGUAGACCAGAUCCCGCGCUCGUUGAUGAUCAUAGCCAUAGGCAAGGGACAGCCGUACAGGUGUUGCAGUUCAACAUAGUGCAAGGGCCCAAGAAUUUUUUUUUCAAGCUGUGCAAAGCCAGAACUACGGAAAGAAAAAUGGACGCGGAUUACCUUGCGAUGAUCGGAGCCGGGGCCGACGUCCUCUUCGGCUGCGAUGUCGACGUGCGCGAACCUCAGGAAUGCCAGGGCGCCGGCCCUCAGGAAUCUAGCGACCCGCCGCUGGGCAGCGAUAAGGGUCACCCGCAUGAGCCCGCCAAGAAGCGGAGGUUCGUCCGGGAGGAGAAGAAGGCAGUAGCCGGAGAUAGUCACCAGAAAAUGUGCGCCGGUUUGCCGGGGAAGAUCCGCCGGUUUGCCGGGGAAGAUCGGCGACGUUCUCGCCGGACUAAGUGCGAACCCGGCAGCAGUUGAGGAACUGGCCCAGGAGUUCGAGGGCCAGAAACUCUCCGCGGCGACGAAGAAGCAGCAGCAGAAGGCGUUCGAGACGUAUUGUCAACCCAUCUGCUCCCACUUCAAGUGGGACCCAGCGGAGCCCUGGAGCUCCGAAAGGAUCAAGGCCACGGCCGCGGCCUUGGCGCGGUGUGACAACAUCCCAAAGUCGCGGCACAUCAUGCUCGCACAUGUCAAGGCCCGCAUGUCUUGCGUCAGGCCACUGACCGACGCAGAGCAGAAGGACUACAGCCGCUGCUUCACGCAGCUGCAAAAGGGGGUCAUACAGGUGCAGCAGCAUCCCGCCCUGCUGUCAUUUUGGAAGAAAGUGGACGCCAUCAAGUCAGGCGCGGCCCCUUUCGCCGUUACCAAGGGCAAGACCUACGACCUCGGCGUCUUUCUGGACUUCUGCGUCUCCGCCUGGUUUUUGUUUCAGCGGCCCGAUGAGUUCAGGAACACCUCCCGGGAGGUCUACAAGGCGGGCGGGGAGUGGCGCGUCCACUCAUUUGUCAGUAAAUCCAAAGUAGACCAGUAUGAGCGAGGCUGGCACGCCCGAAUGCGUUGCUGCUGCAGUGCCGUUCAGCCCUUGGGCCUUGGGCGGGUGCUCUGUCCGGUUCAUGCGAUAGAGGAUAACGCGUGGGCCGGCUACGCCGCAGCACCGGGCGCGCAUUUGCGAAAAUGCAUGGAAGAGGUAGUCCGCCGGUGCGACAUGGAGGAGAAGCAGGACGGGCGGAAGCUGUGGAACCUCUACUCCUUCAGGGUCGGAGGAGCGUCUGCCGCUGCGCAGGGAGGCCUGCCACGGGAGGAGAUCGCGCAGGUCGGAAGGUGGAAGAACAUUGAUACAGAGUUACGCUACGAGGGCAAUCGUGCAGUGAAUGUGACAGAGCAAUUUGCUUUGCCCUGGCCACUCGUGCAAGCGUCUCUGCUACAAUGAUGAUCAUCUCGCGAGCAAAUGCACCUCCAACGAUUGAGAUCAGACUGCGCCCUGAUGGAAAUGAUUGAUAAAAAUUUGAGACAGUUCAACGAAUACACACUCUUCGCGAUCAAUGCUCCCCCGCGCACCGCGCGCCGCGGCUUGGCCGGGUAGUUCGUUACAUUGUUCCGCACCAAAAAUUCGCAACAGUGACAGGACUCACGACGACAGCGCGUCGCAACAGUUUCAGCGUUUAGUCUUAGGAGCGAGAAUUCGCAUCCCUCAUCGCAUUCUACCCGUAGUUCACUACUUUUAUCACAGCAGAACAAAACAGGAUGGCCGCUAGUCAGGCGCUCGCGCAGGGCCUUGCCGGGUUGUUCGCGGACGCGGGCAUCGCGGUUCCGGCUACCCCGGCCCAGAUCCAGGCCUUCAACAACUCCGUGGCGGACGUCCCCGAGGAGUACAAGCCCAACUUCCAGCAGGUCACGAAGGUGCGCCGCCACUAUGAGGCGGAAACCUUAGCCAAGUGCAUCACAGUUGUGAAGAAGGAGCCCGACUUCACGCCCUUCAUCUUCGUGUCCUGCCUGCUCUCGAUCGGGGCCAUACUGAUGGACCACAUGACUGCUGCGCACACGUUCAUCACGACGCAGGCGAUGGGCAAGGGACAUGAGUCCGGCGACGGUAAGGCCGCCGUGUUCAAGAUCUGGUGGGAUUCCGCUGAGAGUGCCUUUCGCGUGAUGGCGCCCGCCCCCGCCGGGGUGGCGGCCGGGCAGCAGUACCAGUGGCGCAUCCGGAUGGCUUUGACCGUCGGACUCAAGACCGAGGUGAAGAGCUCGCUGUUGUUGAAGAAGGCCGACGACGCGACGGAUGCCAAGCUGUCCAAGUUGGAGGCGCGGUUCGAGCAGAAGUUGAAAGCCCUGGGGAACAAGCGUCCCGGGGGUGGCGACGCGGGCGCCCCGGCGAACAAGAAGCAGGCGAGGGACAUGAUCUGCGAGCUGUACUUGAAGGGCUCCUGCUCCUAUGGCGGCAGCUGCCUGCAAGCUUAAGCAUGGCGGGAGCUUGAGUCUCAUGCAGUACAUCAACAAGAGCAAGGGCUUCGGAUUGUCGGAGGGCCAUUUGAAGGAGAAAGCGACCGAGCCUUAGGUCCGCCGUCUGUAACUCAGGAAAACUGUCGUCUCCAUGACUUCGGUAGAUAUCAUAUCACUCAGGAACUCAUCGUGUCAGGAAUGUGCGCUGGUUUGCCGGGCAUGCCCCGCAAGCCUGGUGCAUGCUGUCCCGGAGGUGCGCCUCCGCCAGUCCCUCGACGAGUCCUUCCAAAAUGUGCGCAGGUUUGCCGGACCUCGUCCACAAGAAUCACACGCCAGCACGGUGGUCGAAAAUGUGCGCCGGUUUGCCGCAUCGACUCGAUUCGGGGAGAUGUUUUGCAGACGGGAGAGACCACUCACUCAAGAACACACGAUGAUGAAUGUUGAAACGACUGAGCUUGCCAGCUGUUUGGCCACUCAGUGCUCGCGCUCGAUGUAAUUUUGUGCGGAACCGGUAGCGUUUUACUGUCCAAUCAAGAUGAAUGCCGUUGCUGUGUACAUCAAGGAUGAAGGCCAAGGGUGGAGGCCCUUUCAGUUGCUAUCCGCAGCGGGCGGCUCCCUCUUGUGCUUGUUCGGUUCAAAGGCCUCGGGCCGUGUUCAGUCUCGGCGCAGUUGGGUAAGGAAGAUGGGCGUCGCAGAAGCCGGGACGAGGUGAGGUUGAUUUGGUAGGUCCGGGAUGUGGGUUGAUUUGCUUUUCGAAUGAUAUGACACACAGCGACCUCUGAGCAUAUUGAUUCCCUUGCUUUGUGUUUUUGAUUGUGUUUUGAUUUUGUUUACAUUGAUUUCUGCCCGGCCUACCAACCUUAACAAGCGAAGCGCUCUUUCUCCUUUUGCGCGUAGUCUAUCUAGAAGUCUAUCUAUCGCGAAUGGGCGCCGAGGACCAUAGUAGGCCGGGAAACCCGCUGGGGGCGGUGGUGCAGCGCGAUACUGCGCGGACAUACGGGCGCCGGGAUGUCCUUCCGGAUUUCUUUUUGCCAGUCAUCGACGAGGUGAAGAGCUCUUCCGCCGAUGAGAUAAACGUCGCGACCCAGCGGCUAGCAGGGUGGCUACUGCAAGUCCAUUCGGAUUCAGCUCAGGAAAAUGGGGCUCUGCUCGCGCAGAUGUCUGCAGAUGUUCGGUUCGUGUACAAAGAUAAGCAGUGGGCCUUCUUCCUUCGGUUAUUGGCCCGGGCUUGCGACGUCGCGAGCCUCUCGCCCGAGCGCAGGCGGAAGGUUCUCGGGCUGCGAGAGAAGAUCGUCGCCGGUUUCAAAACCGACGAGGACAUAGACCCCUCGGGCCUUUGGGUAUCGGUUGCGGAUGACAUUGGCCUCCCCCAUCGUGACGAGGCCCAGGAACAAAAGAGAGCGGAGAUAUUCAGCGCUGAAGAGGCGCGCAAGAUACCCGCGGACACAUGGGCCGAGCCUGGGGACAUCAAGGAGAUGCAACGCCAGGCGGCCAAGAUGUUGGCUACGGGCAAGUGGGUCAAGGUCGAGCAGGCAAAGUCCCGGCCUGCUGUCUGCUUCCCGGUGAAGCAGAAGAACAGAGCGCGCCUCUGCAUUGACCUGCGCAGGCACAAUGCCUGCGUCAAAGUUCGAGAGAGGAUGAGGCUCUUGGGGGGUCGCGCAUCGUGCGAGAUCGUGACGCGGCUGGCGAGUAGCAACGUUCGGCCCGUCACCUUGUUCCAGUGCAAAAGAGACGUCACGCAGGACAUUUUCGACGAGCGCACUUUCUUGAAGGAGGUGCGCGACGCGGGCGUCGCAGGUCGGCCGUGCUACGAGCCCGCCCCGCCCUCUGUGUUUGAAGACGAUCCCGAUCUUGAGAUGCUUGAGAGGGACGUGGCGUCCAGUUUCAUCCCAGCAAGCGAGACGAAGGACGUGGAGUCCUAUUAUUACAACUUCGCAGUAGCGGACAGGACGAAAAGCGUGUUCGUCGUCCCCAGGCUCACGGCGGAGGAGGAGGAAGCCUUCGCAAGCGGGUUGGUCCCCCAGAAGCGAAAGACCGCGGCGCGGCGUUGGGACGUCAUCGAGAGCCUGGUGACAGUUUUCGGUAGCAUAGUGUCCGUGUAUGAGGAUGUCGCCUGCUCAGGGGCUAUCAUGCUGGUGCUGGUUUGUAUUCUACGCAAACUGGCACCAGUGUACAUAGAUGAUAUCCAUCUCAUGGAUAGGGUGAAAAGUAUGCCACAUAGCUCGGCUCUUGUCGAUCUGUUUUUAUCGUUGUGUGGCUUUCCGCAGCAGGCGGCCAAGCAAGACCGUAACUACCUGCCGUCCGGGGGCGAAAGGGACAUCCAGCAGCGGAGCCUGGUGGCGCUCGGGCUGGCUUAUACACGUUCAAGGUGCGAGCAGUAUCUGUCGGUCGCCCCCGCGGCUGAGAAGGUCGCGCACCUCCAGGAGCUUCUGUCCGGCUUACUGGGUGCAAUACGGCGUCGCGGUGCCACUAGGGAGGCUGUCGAGACCGUGCGAGGGCUCUUCCAACACUGCGCGCAGCUCGAUGCAGGUGCUGUUGGUGUUGUGCGGGGUCUUGAUGUUUGGCGCAGCGACAAGCUCAGUAGGCGCAUCAAGGACCCAAGAGAACGCAGACAGCUGCUUGAGACGGUCCUCCUUUUGCAGCUGCAGGCAGGUAGCCUUCGGCCAAAGAUAAUCCGCAAGGGGUUUCCAUCCCGGGUUAUCCAUGUGUAUGGCGACGCGUCUUUGGACGACUUCACAAAAGCGAAGCCGUCGAGGCCGGGGCGGUAUUGCACGCGAGCGCGCGGCAUCUACAUUGGCGCGCUGAUGCUGAACGCAGACCACUCGCGCGGGCAUGGUUUCACGUUCCACGUGCAGGAGUUGCCGUCCUGGGUGGCGCACCUGAAGCCGGACAUCGCGUUCUUCGAGACCCUUUGCGCGCAUGUGGCGCAUCUGUUCUUCGCCGCGGACCUCGCCCCCGGCGACGCGUUAGUGGUGCAUCACGUCGACAACGCGGCCGAGUGCUAUAGCAUCGUGAAGGGUUCAUGCGGCAACUUCGCGUCGCAGAUCCUUCUCCAUCAACUGCACAAGGACACAGCUGGUCGAGACAUUUGCUGGGCGUGGAUUGCCAGCGCUCGCAACCUAAGCGAUCCACUGACACGCUUAGAGAAGAUAGCUGCGCUGCAGCAAGCGCUCCCGACCUCGGUGCAGGAGCUGGAGCCAGGGCGGAUCCCUUGGCUAGUGUACAAGGGCGCUCGGGAGAUGCUGGAGAGCACAGGACGACGGCAGCAUUUGGCGGACAAGCAGCGUGCGAGACACGCGGCCAAGAAAAGGAAGUGUGAACCCGUUCACCCGAAAGGGUGACCCUGCUCUGCCAGGGAAGGUGUUCGGCGACCUGUUCCGAGCGUCCUCCUUUAGGUGGGCGCAAACUGCGUUGGCCCGGAGUUUCGAGGAGCACAAGCGGUGAACGCAAACUCUGCCAGGCGCGCGGGGCUUCGCUCCGUGCAAAUUGAGAAUGUGCGCCGGUUUGCCGGCAGCCGCCGGAGGAGAGGGAAGCCGACCGGGCGUGAGCCUUCUGCCUGUGAGGGGAGUGUGUACGCAGCCCAUCCCCAGUGAGGUCUGGGUCUGCGGCAUCUACACCCCGGUAGGAGGUUCGCCGGCGCUUCACCUUCGGCUCCGCAAAAUGUGCGCCGGUUUGCCGGUGUACAUCUUUGGUCCAACAUGAUAACGCUUGAUACUUUGAAAUGAACACAAGAAGCUCACGGGCACAACGCUCGCGGCCAAAAGUCUAGGACAGGUCGUCGAGCACAGAAAUAAAGAGAUACAAGCAAGAAGGGAACUCCCACAGUAGGAUUGUCGUGUCUGUGUGUUUCUCAGGAUGUGUUCGACCUAAUGAUGAUCUUUAUCAACGGGCUGGCUUGGUUUGGCGUGAUAAAGACAGUGGUUGGUGAACAAAUUGCAGAAAACUCUGCUGUUUUAGACGAUGGCCUCGAAAUAACCACGUCCGCUGGUGACAGCACGCCUGGGGAGUCGAUGUGGGUCGUGACGCGGAACACGGAUACCCGCUUUACAAAGAAAGUCGCGGCGUCGCUCUUCAGCUCGCCCAAACUCGUAGGACAGCAGCUACCGCGCGGCACACUGGACGCAAUACAUCAGGAUGGGUUUGUAUGGGUUCCACCACCGCGCGACGGGGAACAGAGAGACUUCAUAGAAAAAUUUAACAAAGUGGUGCACCCGCCGCAAGCAAGAGCAUCACCUGCUACAGCCUGGACAGACGUUAGGUAUUAGCGUGGUGAUUUUUCUGCAAUAUUGAAAAAGCUCGGUUGUUUUUGUUCGUUUAUUUGCCCGCCUUGGGGGUGUGCGACUGUUUCCAUUGCAUGGGCAGCUUGGCGCGCGCUUGCCUCUGCAGCAUCAUGCUCAGCAACUUUCGUGAGGCGCGCUUUAUAUUUAUUUCUUUUUGUUUUUGUACUUUCAACCUUGCCAUUGUUGGGACGCACUGCGCAAGAGGCAGCGCGUACGGUGACGCAAUGGGCGCCAGCGAAGUAGCCGGAUGCGAUUGCUUCUUUGGCGCUUCGAUUGCGCUUCUAGUUUUGUUUCUCAUUUUUUUUGUGCGUGACGGCUACAAAAUAUGACAGGCAAGAAAGUUCGCACUGCCACCGCCGUCUCUAUUCGUGCGAACUCGCAUGUUGCGGCUUUCGCGUAAAACGUAGCACAGCAAGAAAUUGCGAACGAUUUUGCAGCCGAUAAAAUGUUCCUUUUAUGGCGUCAAAUUUGAUCGCCAAAAUAUUGGUCAUAGCAUUCGGACUAGAACGUCUAAACCUGGAAGGUAGCCCUAGCCGUAAAAUCGCCACAAAAUCACAGUCAAAGCCAACGACUUCCGCGUGAUAAAUGUCCGAAAGCAGGGGUGGCCGACUUGGCCGCACCAAGUACGGUUGGGAAAAAAGGAGCACUUGCUGCAAGAUUACCAGUGAAAAAUUUUGCAGCCCCUCGCGACUGGAGCCUGCGUCUUUUCAAUAAAGGAAAAACUGCGUCAAGAAUGCCAAAGGUAUGGUGGCUUCUUUGGAGCCUCCUCUUCCGUUGAUGUCUGAUUUUUCUUUCUCGUCUUCAUUUGUGCCCGGGAUUUGUCUCCUGGGGGCGAGCGCGCCAGCGUUUUCACGGGUGCUGCUUGACGCAAGUCCCCUAAUAUUGCCGCAAAGUCACCCACUAAGAUUCCAACGGAUGUCUAAGCUCUAAAGCAUGGCCGGCUGGGGACGGUGACGAAGAGGCAACUUUCACCGGCGGAACAGUUGCACCGGCAUCGGGCGACGAUAGCGAGGCCCCGUUUUGGGUUACCAUGUACCCCAAAAGCGAAGACGCUAACGCAAAGAAGGUGGGCGGGCGCCAAAUUCUUACCGACCCGACACUGCAGGCGAUUUUUACGCGUGGGGCUCAGCGCCCCUCCGCACUGCCGGAGCCUCGGCUAAGGAGAUUUAUUAACCCAAUGCAGGCAGAGCGUUGGAUUGCUCGGAAGGCGGGGGACGACACGGAUGAAGCCUACGACGACAGAGAGGACCACGAGUAUCACCUUCUGGAUGGACGGGCAGCAUUGAACUGGCUUGAUGUGCUUGUUGCCGCAGUUUUCCGCUCGGGCUCGAACAGUCCUGCUACGUCUAUCCGGGAAGAGUUCCCAUAUGUGGUGGAGGAGGGCAACCCCAUUAAGCCAAAGUCCGAUGACAAUUCUAUGGAAGGCACUGACGAAGACGAGGGGCCAGUGCUUACUUGGCAAAAAGACGACGAAGAUGAAGAGGGACCAGGAGACACCGGGUCGGUCAUGGACCGCCGUGACGGUUUCCCCCGGACCAUCUGGAAGCGGUUCUGUCUUCAGAACCUCGGCGCCAGCCUUUUUCUGCAGAAAAAAACGCAAGGCUCUGGCGUUGAAGAUAGCUCUCUGCUAACGCCUUAUCCAUGGAUGUCCACGGAGCCGCGGCUUCGAGAGGCUAACUUCGAUGGUUUGAGGACUCGGAGUCGCAAUAAGGCGUAUAGUUUUGCUGCUCCCGACCUUCAAUACGAUCCAGUUACCGGUGACGAACGGGCUGAGGUUGGAGGCCCAUCUGAAGGGCAAUUCUUGUGGAACCAUCUAAAGGCAGAGUUUGCGGAUUUGCCCUUUCAUCACCGUCCUGGCGUGCAGCCUCUUCAUUACGUGGACGACGACGGACAAAAGGGCCCGGUGUCAAAGGUGCAAGCAAGAACAAACAAGAACGGGAAAGCACGCGAGGAGAAGAUAGGAGAGCUUUGCUGGGGUGGCUUUUUCAGCACCCUUGCAAGGUCGUCAGGUAGCACGGCACCUCAGACCCUGACGUCCAUUUCGAAGAAGAUGGAAGGUGAGCGAUUGAGCUUAGAAGACUUUGGCCAGCAUGCAGCAUGGAGCUUCACCGUCGCCAGCAGGAUGGGUAAAUCUUCCAUUUUGGUUCCGUAGCACGGUGAUCACUUGCUUCCCCGACCGCCCCAAGAUUGGUGGGAACAGAACAAGUCCAUAGCUUUAUCGUCUUACUUUUGAGGUGGAGCACGCGUUGCCGUCCACCGGUCGUGAUUAGCAAGACAAACAAGCCAUAGCCGUGAUCGAUUCCGCAAAGCCCAAAUAUGCCGUAGAUGAGCACUAGCGUCGCAACUUGGUCAACGGAUCACCCUGAAGAUCAAAGCACCAGCAAGAUCAAAGGCCCCGGAAAUCUUUUCGCCAUACAGAAUAGCUCUGAUCUAGCUCGUAGAAUAGCCGUAGACUCCUCUGCCGCUCGCCAAAUGUUGGGCGCGAUCACGAAAAGGGAAGAGGAGAAGCUGCCGCGUCGCGAAAUGGUCGGAAUAUGCAUUGCAAAUUCAUGCUUGACCGACCAAUCUGCACAUCAAGAUCAACGCCACAGAUGCAUUAGCUUCUUCACGGGAAACUAUUACGGCUUGCAUGCUUUAGCAAAGCAAAACCUGGAACAUAACCUCUAAGCACCCUGCUACAGGCACCGCUGUGCUAGUUUAAAUUGGAAAGGAAAGAAAACCUAAACUACAAACGAGACGCACCGGAGUGCGUUACCAACCGGAUACUGCGCUGGCUGAUUACUAGUGGCGUUCAGAUUUUUCGUCCUUGCUUUUCUUUUGCGUCGCUUAUCUUUGGGGGUCGUUGGGAUGCCUACGCCUGAAAGAAACCAAUCGCCAAAAUCAGGUGGAACCACGAGGAGCAGCAAAAAGGAAGACCCUGGAAACGGCAUCAAGUACGCACCUUAUGAGGCAAGGCACGGGCUUCAUUUCCAUCGUCGACCAGACAAGGGCAAAGGAAGAGGAGCAGAUGCGCCAGCAAGUCUUGUGAAAUACAUGGAACCACGCGGCCCCUACGAAGCCGAAGCUUGGGCGGAAUAUUUACCGGAAGACAUCCCCAACAAUAGUGACGACCAUAUCCCUUUCACUUUUGGAGCAGCGCUGUGUGUGGUGGCUCGCGAACAGUAUCUUCGACUAGGAGAGCAAGUUGUGGAAUGGGCGCGUAUGUACCUCGGUGUGCUUGAGACUCACGCGCUUCAACAGCAAGGGCCUGCCGCCAUUGGCGUGCGCGACAACAGCUUCCACGACGAGAACUUUUUAUGGAAGAAAGUAGAAGGCUGGCUGACGGUUGACGAGGCACGCAAUCGGCUCGAAUUGCACCAGGUGUUGCAAGUCACGAUAAGGUGGAUCCUGACGGAAGUUUUGCCACCUCGUGUAUUCGCGAAGCUCUUCGAUCCCACUGCUGGUCGUUCUUCAACGUCCGUAGCGGGCGGGGCCGGCGGGUCAAUUACAAGUGGCAGCCUGGAAGCGCACCAGGGCCAGCGAGCUGCUGGAAGGGCAUUUUUAGAUGCCGUUGACGACGUGUUCCGAGAUAUUGCCGCACAGUUCCAAAGCGAAGUUCUCCAAGCUCGCGAGGACCUUCGCGCGCUCGAGGUAUUACUUCCUGCGAAUGAGCACCCUCUGCUUCUCUCCGCUCUCCGCGUAGAACUCGCUCGCGCGUUGUCGUUUAUUGAUCCGAGAAAUCCUGAAGUAAUGCAUGUCCGGCCGGAAGAUAUGCCUUGGUCGUGGCAGGACGCGCCGCAACUCCAGGCGGCAGUCGAGUGGAUUUUGGCGUCUGGUUUGCUGCGCUAUAGUGAUGUGACCAUGCUUCUUGGACCGCGUGAAAUGCUGGAGACACGGACGCGCGAGAGUGGAAAUGCUCUCAGUGCCCUCGAAGCCUCCACGAAAGCGAAGGCCUCCUCGGAAAUGCAAAAUGCAAAUUUGCUUUGGCAUCUUAGAAAAGCACGGAGGCACGCUCUGUGGAAGCAACUGCUUCCGGUACGAGUUUUAUUUGAAGACGAUAGCGAGAAGAAGAAGAUAUCAAUAUCAUCAAGUACAAGUAGCCAGAGACCCAGGGACGACGGGCGUGGCAGUUCCGUAGAACAAGUUGCUGCUAGUGCUAGAGCAAUGUGGCAUAUUGUCAGGGCCUCGCGAAUCACACUGGAGUGGAGUUUUCAACAAGGUCGAGGAACAGACAAGGCGGUCAUAUGUCGCGAGCAGGCGUCGAAGACUCUGGGAUCAAAGUGGACUUCAGAGUGCAAAGACGACUCUGGGAUCAAAGUGGACUGGAGUAAUUAUUUUUUCACCGUUUUCGAAGGUGGAAAACGAAAAUCCAAACAAGGUGAAGGUGAAAGUGACAGCGACUUGAAUUAUGGUAGAAGGGUGUACUCUGACGCGUUCGCCCUCCGGAGCCUAGUAGACGGCAGCAGCGCGGCGGAUGGUGCUCAGAGUCAGAGCAAGCAUGACGAGAAGAAUUUUAACAACCCGUGGUCAACUCCAGUUCUAGUGGACAAGCUACCUCUGAGUCCAUGCGAGGUGCCGUUCAACCCAUCUCGCCAGGAGGAGGAGGCCUCGAGCCACGCACCGAAAAAACACCAAGAAGCCCUGCACGCUCAAGUUAAGCGUUACCAAUUUGAUUUGGUCCCACAGAUCAUUAGGGCGGAAAAAUCGGCAAAUCGCAUCAUUUUUGCCAGCGCACUUAUUGGGGGGGUAAAAAAAGUUUUUUUGUUGGGGGCGCAACAUCUUGGAAGCCGACACGCCUCGCAUGUCACUUGAUCUUUUCCACAGGAAACAUGGUAGCUGAGCUUUGGAAAUGUCGCAACACCAAGACCAGAAGCAGGCCACAACGCCUUCGCUCUGUGCGUUGUCGUCCAGAUGGCCGGGCGCUGUGUCGUGGGCCCGCUCUUCGAACAGUGGCCGGGCCGCCUCCGUGACCGGGGCUCGACGAGGCCCGUCGCCCGGAAAAGAAGGCCCGGCAAGGGGGGUGGUCAGGGGGGGGGCAUUUUUGCCCCCUUCGGACACCCCUUCCGGGUACCCCCUCCGGGUACCCUUUCGGUAGCCUAUGCCGACCCCCAAAUCCCCAUUGGAAACUGCUGACUUGGCAGGUCCCAAAAUGGUAGCCCAACGGUAGCCCAAGCGGACCCCCUUACCCCCCCCCCUUCGGCACCCCCCCCGGAAGCACUUGAUUGUUGGCGCGUCCGCAUUUUCAACGUCCGGCCGCAGAGGGGAGACGAGAAGAUGUCUGGGCGCGUACGGAAUUGGAUGCGGGAGAGGGGGCGCGGCUUCCCGCGCCGGAGAGCCGCAGGCCUGUGCAACUUCAACAAAGUACUGCGCUUCUAUUGGAAAAAGGGGAGGGUCGGAUGGCGGACCGUGACAACGAAGAGUGGCGCCAGCGGCUACAUGGCCAACAGGAAAAAAAGCAGUGUUGAUACCCCCAACAGCCACAAUUUUUUUGCCCCCCCAAAAAGUGCGCUGUCAAAAAUGAUGCGAUUUGCCGACUUUUCCGCCCUAAGAUCAACGUGCACCGAUAUGCCCGCUUGUGCAAUGCGUGGAUUGCGCACCAUAUUGCAUUGCAUUGCACCGGGCGGGUAGACGGGCGGCCUGGCGGGAGAGCAGCCGCCCAAACAAGCGAUCCUGGAGCAGCGCUAGUUUUCGAUCGGUUCGAUACACCUGAUGAUCCAGCUCUCUCCAUUUCACCAGACCCUCUUCGGGAAGAUCGCAGGGCUGAUUUUCUUCGACCGCAAACACGAAGCGGACACAAGACAACCGCAUUGCGUGACUACCGAAGCAAGAACAAAUGGCGGCGACCUUUUACUCAAGGAAAGGCCAAGCGGGUUGCUAUUCCACCUGAUCCAACGCCUGAAGUCCUUGGCUGCAAAUGGAGGUCCUACAAAGAUCCUCCGCUGUGGACAGCUACAAAGGCGAGGUUACACAGCCGCGCAGCAAUACACGUCCCGGUCAAGAACACACUACAACCACACGCUGAGUUGGGCGAGCCGCGAUUGCGGGAUGAGCUAUUGAUCAGAGAUCCGCCCGCAGACGAUCCAAGGCGUGAACGGCGAGGAACCGCGCUCGAGACGCACACAGUGCUGAAGAUCCUGAACAAGGAGCAGGAGAAGGAGAUCAUAGAGACACGGGAUGCGGAUAAACAACUCUACUGUCAUGGCACAUUGAAAGAAGCGAAGAACUGGCUCGAUUCAAUAACACCACGAGACUUGAACACGAAGCGAUUUUUCCGCGGUCUCGGUUCGUGUUCCGAGGCAGUCGCACUUCCAAAAUUUACAGUGUUUCCCCUUGGAGGAGAACCUGCUAAUAGUAAUAAAGAGGAGCGUAACGAGCAAGAAAAAAAAGUAGAAGCAGAGCUGUUGGAUCGUCCUCGAAAAUUCGUGGGCGAUGCCUGGGAACCUGGCGACUGCAACCCUUCCGGCCGUGCUCCUACUGCUCCUGGUGGCCCAACAUAUGCUGCUGGUGCUGAUGCCGCUCAUGAUGCUACACCAACACCCCAUGAAAAAGCUGAAGCAUGCGAGCAAGCGCUGCGCGACAUGAACUUAGAGCCCAAAGACGACGAGGACGAGGAGAAGGCGAAGGAAAACAGGAAAGAAAUUGUUAAACAGAUAGAGGAGGACCUGCGCUUCAUCCCUUACGACGACUUGUUCAAGUUGCCCGAAGAACGACGAGAACAAAGACUUGGCACAGAUAGCUCUAGCAGUUCCGUUGACACAAGCAAAGAUGGGGAAUCUAGGUUGGGCUUGGGCUUCUCCUUCUUGUGGAAUAAAUUAAGUCAUCUUGCUCCUAGCGCAGAGAAGGAAAAGAAAAUGAUCAACAUCGGAGGCGAAACUACGAAGCAGCCAGAUCUUACCGAAAUCAGAGACGAAAUCAGAAGGAAAAGUGAGGAGCCAGAGCGCUUUUCGCAAAUAGGCCGUAUUCAGGGAAAAUUUGUCACCGUCACCGUUUUGGCGUAUUGGUAUUCAUUUUGAGCAAAAAAAUUGGCUUUUGAUGGGUUUCCUAUGAGUAUGCAUUUCUGCCGAAUUGCCAAAAGCCAAAUGUUCAUGUUGCGAAUGCGGCAAGCUACCUGCAAUAUUUCAAGCAUGCUAAUCCAGCAUGUUGAACUUGAAGUUGGUCCAGAAAUGUCCCAGAACGGCACUGCUGCUACACAGACCAAAACCACGGCCCCAGAAGGUCCUUGCGUGGGAGGCUGUCCUCUACCACUUCAGCGACCCGGUUUCCGGCCACGGACGAUCGGGAUAGUGCGGCUCGUCAUGUCGGGUUGCUCCUGAGAAUGUCUGGCACCUAUCACUCCCUUUCAAAGGCCUCCAGCAAAGGACGUCCACAACCCAAAAAAAAAAAGCAAAGCUUUGAGCAAGUUUGACGAUGGCCCGGUGGCAAAUCUUAAAAAUCGCGCAUUUUGCUCGGUAUGGUGGACUUUGAGAGCCCAAAGCAGGAACCGGCGACAAGAAAUCCCACGAGUUUUGCAUUUUGCGCUGUGUGGUGGACGAUUGCGCACGGACCAAAAAUUUAUGAUGCGCUACAAGAUUUUUUGGCCAACGCGCAAUCGUCCACCAUACCGUGCAAAAUGCAAGGGUUUGCAGAUUUGUCACCUGUCACAAAUAUGCCUCGCAAGAAACCUCGCCCGCCAUGCCGUGCAAUGUGCAAAACUUCCGGGAUUUUUCACCGGGUCGUCGUCAAAUUUGCUCGAAGUUUUGCUGUUUUUUUUUCUGGGUUCUGAAGGUCCUUUGCUGGAGGCCCUUGGUCAAGGAGUGACAAGAGCCCCAGACUCUCAGGAGCAACCAAACAUCUCAAGCCGCGCCAUGUCAUAUAGUCAACUACUACCGAUACCGAAGCCGGGUUAUUCGGAAUUUGUAGGGUCGGCCCUCAAAAAAAGCUGCUCAGGAUGCGGAACCGACCCUGCCGGAAGCCUGAACUCAGGACGCGGGCCCGACCCUGCCGGAGGCCUGGGUGGAUAGCUGAAGCAAAAACGUUUGUAAUUACAUGCAAAAAAAAAUGGUUGGAAGCGGAAUCACGUUUUCAAGUUGGAAUCACGUUUAGAGCGGAAUCAAGUUGAUGGAAUCAGCUUAGCUGCGUUCGGGCUUGGGUUUAGGGUGUAGGGUUUGGGGUUUCUGGUCGGCUGCCCUGGCCGACGACUCUCUCCUCUCGUUCUUGGGAGGUGGUGGCCCCGCACCCUGCCGGCCUGCGCGGUUUUUCUGCCGCUUGCCUGGGGUUCUCCUGGCUCCCGUUGGCCAGCGCCUUGGCCGGCGGGGCGCGUCAUUGGUCCCGGCGGACCGCUGGGUCCGCCCGGCGUUCGUUUAGGUGCGUUGUGGGCAUUUCGGCGUCUGAGUUGUUUCACUCUCUCAACUCGAUUAGACAAACGCGAUUCCGUCGCAAACGUGAUUCCGUUAACGUGAUUCCAUGAGUGAACGCGAUUCCAAAAAUGUCAAAACGUGACGCCGCCACCUUCCAAAAAAAAUUGUACGUAGCUACAUGCAAAAAAAAACUCGACGCGGGCCGUUCUCUUUCCCGUCGCAAAAUUUUAACUUCCGCAGCUCAGCAAAAGGAGUAAACUGCUGCAGCUCAGCUAUGGGAUGGAGCUAUAUAACGCCAGCGCGCAGCUUCUACCUUCAUCAACAGAAAGCUACUCUAUCAGCUUCGUUUGGUAGCUAGUUGCCAUCACUGCACUCGCUCGCGUUUUCGUUUUGCGUCAAUUUCUCCAUAGGCAUUUUUUAUUGGCCCCCGUCGGUCGCUGAUAUGUAGUGAGGCCGCGAGCGUUUUAUCCUAGCGGCUUUUUUGGCACCUACCGUGAAGAACGGCCGGCAGUUUUCAAGCGGCCGGGCGCGUUUUUUGACAUAGAAAACUAGCAAAGCCAGCUUCGCCCGGAAGUAGGCAUCAGAAGAAAUGCAAACGCCAGCUAGCAUCAUCUAGAUAGCAAACCAAAAAGAAAAAAGCGCCGGCCCCAAAACAAAGCCGCGGCGCGCCCAAUGUGGCCUGGUCGUCGCGGCCCCGGCGCGCCCAGAUUGGUCGCUCCAUUUCCGGCGCGCCAAGUCUGGUCGUCCCGGCUCCGGCGCGCCCAGUCUGAUCGCCCCGGCUGCAGCGUUCCCGAUCUGGUUGCCUCGGCUUCGGCGCGCCCAAUCUGAUCAACCCGGCCCCGAACGAUCGGGACGAUUUUUGGCAUUGGCUGGCCCGACGGCCUUCGGACGACUUUGGGCUGUCCGACGGCCGUCGGAUGACUUUCGGUUGUCCGACCGCCGUCGGACGACUUUUGGGUAUCCGACGGCCGUCGGACGACUCUCGGCUGUCCGACGGCCGUCGGGCAACUUCGGAGCCGUCGGACGACUUUUGGGCGCCCGACGGCCUUCGGGCGACUUUUGGGCCGUCGGACAGCUUUUGGCUGCCCGAGGGCCGCCGGACGAAUUUUGGCCGUCCGACGGCCGUCGGACGACUUUUGGUUGUCCGACGGUCGUCGGACAACUUCUGGCCGGCGGACGACUUCUGGCUGUCGGACAAUUUCGGGCCGUCCGACGGCCGUCGGACGACUUUUGGCUGUCCGACGGCCGCCGGGCGACUUUUGGGCCGUUCGUUGGGCAACUUCUGGCCGUCCGACGGCCGUCGUGCGAUUUUUGGCUGUCCGACGACCAUCGGGCGACUUUUGGCCGUUCGACGGCCGUCAGACAACUUUUGGCCGUCCGACGGCCGUCGGCUCGGACGACUUUCGUUUGUCCGCCGGCCGUCUUGAAGUCGCUCGCUCGAAAGCGAAACUCAAACUCCAAGCGGAUUCUGAAACUCGAAGUCGAGACUGAGACUGACACUCAGGCUGAAUGUUGAGACUCAGACUCAAGCUGAACGCUGAGACCCAAACUCAAGCGCAAUGCUGAGACUACAGCUCAACUCUGAGACUCAAACUCAAGCUCAAUGCUGAGACUCAGACCCAAGCUCAAUGCUGAAACUCAGACCCAAGCUCCAUCUUGAAACUCAGACACAAGCCCAACGCUGAGACUCAAACCCAAGCCCAACGCCGAAACUCAAACUCACACUGACGCUUGCGCUCUUUUGUGCCAAGGUAGUUAGUAUCUAUACCAGGAUAGGACUUGCAGUGAUCAAGCGGCCGGGGCUUUGGUGGCAAACUAGCCCAGCCCAAUUCUAUCGAUUCGCGCUUGAUAAAAUGACGCAGGGGAGCUGGCAAAAGGGGCGCCUUUCUGAGGCGCCUUGCGCGCACCUGUUUCCGCCGAUUUUGGGCGCCCAAGCAAAAAGGGGCGCCCAAAGAUUGGCGGGGGGAAAAAGAAAGCGAGCCCGCACACGAUGGGCCUCGUUUUGGUCUCCAUUUGGAGGCCGCCAAGCCAGCCAGAAUGAAAAGUCGGGCACUUAUAAACGGGGGAGCAGGGCAAAGAGCGCGCCUAUGUUUUCCACAAAAAAAAUCAAAAAACGCAAAGGCCGCCAAAAGCAAAAAGCGAGGGAGCCAGCCUCCAUGCUGUGGGCCCGAUUUGGGGCUCCCAAGGGGCCGACCCUGGUGGGGGCCGGCCCUGGCGGGGCCAUAGCAUGCGGGCGGGAAGGCUUCCCGAUUCGAAGCCAAAGGGAUGCCAGCUGUGGAGCGAAUUGGUUAUCGACCGCCGCCGCGGGCGCCGUCGUGCAUAACAGUACUCCCGGAGGCAUGGUGGGCAGAGAAGUCGCGUCCUUUUUUUUGGCACGAAGACAGAAAAAGCGCAAGGACGGACCUCACUACCCCCCGCUGGGGCAGCUACUAUCGGCAAUCUUCUACUUUAGGCCGAUGCUCAUCUUUAUCGAGCUGCAGCAGGCGCCAGCUUUGUCAGCAGUGACCAAAAUAAACGGAAACGCUUCAAAGCAAGUGGCCGACUGAGAUCUACAACCGCAGGCGAUCGGGGUGCGGAAGCAGCUUGGGACUAAUAGAAAGGUCAGCGGCUGGCGGUGGAAAUGAAAAGAAAGCAGCUGCAGCUCGAAAAAGCUGCAAGAAUUGUUUGAAGCUAAUCCGCCUGGGGCUAUCGCUGUGGCCCCAGGUGGGGCCAGAGGCAGAGCGAGAGUGCCAGGGGGAUUAGCUUCCGCCUUUGCAGUUUUUCCAAGCUGCUCUGAUUUCGUAUCAAGCUGCUUGCUUUUCAAGCUGCUUUUAAACCCAAAGCCCUCGCCCUCCGCCUGCUGUAGACCUACGCACUUAUGACGUUUUGUUGUUUUUGGCGAAAGAGCGUUUUGGUUGUUGACAAAACUGGAACUGCUUUGUCCUGCAGCUGGGCUCGAAGAGGAUGAUCCAACACAGAGAAGCAAUGGCCAAGCACCUGAAAGAUUACUACGAAGAAGCUGGCGCAAAAUAGAAACGCGACGAACGAGCGCAGUUGUGGCAGCAGCUAGCUAAAACGCUGAAGCGUGGCGCAGUGGCUUGAUGAUAAAGGUUGCGCGCUAGUGUUUGUCAUAUUCAAAACGUUUUUGCUUUAGCUAUCCACUCAGGCUUCCGGCAGGGUCGGGCCCGCCUCCCGAGAAGCCAUUUCUUUGCACCCUUAAAAUUCCGAAUAACCCGGCGUCGGUAGUAGUUGAUUAUAUGACACGCCACGCAGAACCCCCCCGGCGAAGAUCGUGUCCCGGACAGCCAAAAGAAAGCCGCCCCGCGCCGGACGUUCUGGAGCCGCGCUGUCGGUCUGUACAACGGCAAAGCCUUUCCGCAGGGCUUCUGGACUGCGUUCAACAACUCCCCGGGCCACCAUGCUCGAAGUCUGGUGCUCCCGUGCCACAUUUGCAACAGCUGAUAGACAUGGGCACGCGUUGGAUACAACGAAAAGUCAAAUUCUUUGGGUCGCAAAAUGAACUUGAACAUGCUAAAACAUUGACGGUGACACAUUUUGUUUGAAUAGGCCAUCUUGCCUCGUUAUUUUCGAGCUUUGGCAGCCGUGCAGGCUUUUCCGGCUUCUUCUACAGAAACAUAAGGAACGUGGAGAAACUCAAAGCGGAGAAACUCAAAGCGGAGACACUCAAAGGCAAAGCGGAGGCCGCCUCCAACUCGGGCCAAGAGGAAGACGCAACCAAGACUCUCCAAGACCGUUAUGCGGCUGCAACAAAAUAUCGUAGCCACGAACUUAUCGAAAAAAAAAAAAUUAUUUAUUUUGGACGCGAUAAAGGACAAACGCAAACGCUUUUGAAAUUGAUAGACUCUGACGAGCCGGGCAUCGCACUCAAACAGCAGGUUGACGACCCGGAAAACCUCUUUCGCAAGAACGACGACCAAGACGAGCUAUUCGACCCCUUCGCUAUGUGGCCACUGAUGACUAUUUCGAAAACGCAAAUUACAGGCGACAACAACAAGAGGAGCGACAGCAAGAAGAACUACAAGUUGUCAGUCGUCUGGGGGUGCAAUUUUAAUGACGUCAGCCCGUCGGUGGUGCAUGAGGGCAGGCUCGGCGAGCUUAUCGAGAAGACACCGUACUUCAGGAACACGGGGGACGACAAUUCCGCCGCUCUGAAGAGCUCUAUGUGGUUCCAGUCGCAGCCCGCUGCUGGUCUUCCCGACUGCGUCGCAUCCGAACCAAAAAACUGCGAGCGCCAGUACUACUAUGGCCUCAUUGGCUGCGCCUUGGCUCACAACGUGGAAGGCGGCGCGACGAACAGUCCGGCUGCGCAGCAUUGCGUGACCCGCGAGCACCUGACGCCGCGGUCCUGGAUGUGGCUUCCACCGGCGCCGGGCGAAGACAACAAGAUUGGAGCCGAGGUGGUUCUCGAGUUUCGCCAAAACAUGAUGCUUAUCAAAUGCAAAACUGUCUGGGUCUGGAAGAUUCUGAGACUUGUCAUGCACGUUGUGCAUGAGGUGCAGCAUGAGCCAUGAGCAUGACGUCUGUGAUGCAUGCCAUAGCAUCACAGAUUUUUCGCGGGGUUCUUGAUGCCUAUUUUGCAUGACAAAUGCCCUAUCCGCGGAGCAAAAACUACAUUCCCUUUUCUGCUCAUGCAAUACAAAUCCAGAUGCAACAUCACAAGUUGCAUUCUUCCAGACCCAGAUGAUACUUUUGCAUUUGAUAAUGCUGCGGCUACGGGAUCUCCUGCUAAUUUGUUGCGACGAUCAGUCGGAGGAAGCAAAGGAUGUUGCAAAAGAGCUGGGGCAAAAGUCGUCCAGGCUGGAUAGUAUGUCAGAUGAUGACUCGAAGCCGGAAUUCCAUGACACUUUGCUAGCGUUUCGAGUGGAGUACCAUCUCCGUGUCUGUUUCAUGCAAAAAGUCGACUCUCGGUGCGCGACGAAUGCGGACGGGUUGCUUGCGUGGCGCCCCGUGGGACUUACGCGCGGACAACGCUAGCUGACUAGAGCGACGUGGGACGACAACGAAAAUGUAUCACAAUAUGCGCCACUGUUGUUCAUAGAGAGACGAUGUCACCACACGACUGAUGCGGCAACAUAUACAUACUGAGUGCUAUCUUUGUAUAAUAAUACGUAAGUAAAUUAUCCCCACGGCACCACAUUUCGUCCAAUUAGACUCACGCACUUUUAGAUUGAUUGAGAUUUUAUUUACCAGAUCGAAAUCCAAAGCGGCGACGCAAAAGUAGAGUGCCAAGGAGCAGACAAGACGUCCCUUGUUCGCGUUAUUUUUUAUUUAUAAUAGAGGAUUUUAUAGGCAAGGGAGUGAAACUUCGAAGGGAGCCAAGGGAGCGAAGGGAGGAAGAUGAAACUUGUGCAAAUUGCUUUCCCUUAAAUCAUCGCCAAAAUGCAUGCUAUGGGCGCGCUUACCGGUCGCCGGUUUGGGCCCUGCUGCCCCCCCCGCUGCGGCCCCAGGUUUGGCCCGCUGCCGAAGGCCCUGGCCUCUUGAAGAAGGUGAGGGCCUCUAGAGUCGCCCCCGUCAACAAGAGUUGCCGGGGCGGCCUGGUGGCCUCUGCCUGGCAACAUAGAGCGUGGAGCCGAAGGAACGCGUAAACUGUUGCCGUGGCCACGUCGCGUUUCCGUUGUCCGGGGGAAGUUGAGGCAGCCACUUCAGCAAUUUGCUUGGCGAGAUCUUUCGUGUGGGGUUCUGCGUGACCAGAUUCAACGCCAUGCAGAACAGAGAAUACGAAAUGGAAAUGUUGAAGCGGCCACUUCGACUCUCUCCAAACAAUCGGGGAAGAGUUGCAGUGGCCGUUGGAACGCGCAGCAAGUUUAAAGCCCACACGCGUAGCCUAUGCUGCCUGCUUCGCGCUGAUGCUUCGCAACAUUCCCACGCGUGGGCGCAUGUCCUACAUGUUGCACGUGCCUCGCUGCGCGCGCGCAGCGCGCGGCCCCAAAAAUUUUUGUUGUGUGCACACAGAUGUCGAUCCGCGCGCGCGCAGCGCGCGCCGCAAAAAAUUUUUGCUAUAUGCCGAUCACAUUGGCGCGCGCGACUGCUUUUUUAUCUUACUCCCUUGGCUCCCUUGAAAAGUUGCGCUGUACUCCCUUGGCUGGCGCCAGACACUAAUAAACCUAUUAUAAGUAUAUGCAAAAGUAGAGUGUUUUUUUUUAUGUUCCCGCAAUCAUUUUCGACAUCCUUGCCUGCUAUGAGAUCUACUAGGCGAUAACUUCUGCCCGCCGUCGCCACGUACGUACAUUAGGAUUAGUGUGCGCGCUGCUAGUGACUAAAAUAGAAUUUUGGUAAUGAUAUUUCGAGAGAUCAAACCAAGGAAGCUGCCUCGGUAGAGCAAAAUAAGUAGGAUAUAUGAUAUAUCAAAUUAUGAGAAGCAAAGGACGGCGUUUAUCUUUUUUUAUCAACUAAGCACAACGACAGCGCCAGUUGGCUUCUGUGUGUGCGACUGCCUUUUGUCGUACUACGGGAAGCUCCCGUUGAAGAAUAUUUCUCGUAGCUCGAUUGGACCUGUGAUCGUGAUUGUGUUGAUCCCAGACUGAGGAAGAAACGAAGCGACGCAGGGUUUGUCUUUUUUUUUCGUCGUCACGCUCUUCCGUCCCUGCAACUAAGAAAUAAUCACUACAAACUCCAACUUUAUUUCGUGACGAGGGUUACGCCAAAAGGCUGGACUUUGCUUUUUUGUUAGUAUGAUAAAGACAAGAAAAUAUGGCUAUGCCCCUUAGAUUUUUUUCAAGUUCGGCCGCCUUCGAGCUCUUUUUCAUCCACUAAGCUCCGAGCCUUUUUUCAUCCACUAAGCAGCAGCAGUUACUUACAAGAUCAAUAACAACAAGAGAAGUGGGCUGGCGGCGCCCUCAGAAAGUGAAGCAAGACAGCCCAUCAUGGAUAUUACAAUUACAUAUUGAUAAUGAUUUUUGAAUUAGUAUCAGGAGGAAAAGGAAUUUGGGCAAGGCGAAAAGACGCAUUCCUGCUCGUAGCAAAGGGGUCCGCAAGGGAUCCUGCCGGGAUACGCUCCCCGGGGGGGGGGGGGGGGGGGGGGCGCAGCCGACCGGGCCUCGGAAGGUAACUCCGUGCUGCAAAAUCCGCAGAAGGAGGCAGCAUCUUGCGAAUCGAGGCGGCCUGGGCCUCAGAUUUGCAUAACAACAUGAUCGGGAAGCUGGGGACGUUUUAUUUGGUGCACGGCAUAUCAUCCACGUCUUGAAGCAUUGGGCCUGAUCCGCGAGUCUUCGGAACUGAUCGCCAGUGUUUGAGGAGAGUGCUGAAAUAACUUGGCUGAUCAUCAUGAAAACAAGCGAAGUGCUGGCGCGAGGAUUCGAAGUAGGUUUUCACCAGAUCAUGUAUGUCUUGAUGUAUAUAAUAAAUAAGCAAACACUUCGACGCUGCAGCCUCCCGGAUUAUGGGCGCAAGAUGAGCGGCAAAUUGGUUUAUAAAAUCAUUUCCCUUCGGCAGAUAAAUGAAACCGCACCGGAAAAAUUUCGCACGGAAGUAAAUAUUGCAAUUGAGACACUACUUCUUCUGGCACGCACUGACUUCGUCCGGACAGAUUUGGUGCCCGCCUUGAACGGAUUGCGAGUUCUGCCUCUUUGCUAACGCGGAGCCCCGAGCCCCCCCUAUAAAAGGGGCCAGGCUUUGACUGCUCGCGCGCAGUGCGUUCGACAUGUCUAAAAAUUAGAACAGUGUUUCCCUGAUGAAUGUCCUGGAAGUACUGCAGCGAACACAGGGUGGCGCAUUUCCAGUUGCUCGCCCGCUGGCGGUUCAGGCCGGACAGGCGGGGGUGGCGAUGGUCACGGUUCCGCUUAACAGAAUAUGAAUAUGUAUAUAGUAUUAGCAUUCGGAUUCUAGUACGAUGUAUUGACCGAAGUAGUGGAUGACAUAAGUGACGAGCGUUAUCGUGCUGCAACUGGGAAGAGUCGGGACUUCCUUGCUCCUGCGCUGCGGCGCAUUGCAGUCGUUGACGUACUGCUGGUCUCGAAGUCCUAUUGCUCCGCGGUAACGAAGUGAACGGGCCGAACUAGGUGGUGACAUUUCUGGGGUGCCUUUUCUGAGUUGUGGUGAGGGAGGACGAUAGAUGAGCGCAGCGAGUCUGAGUUUCUGUUCUGUGCUUGAAGAUGAACAAGAAUAUUGAUGCUAAGUACUUUAAAUAAAUGACGCUGCGCAACUAAUGGAUACUUCCAGAGAUCUAGCAUCGAUCACUACUACAUAAUACACCAGAGUGCGCUGGCUGAAGUCAAAUUAUAGAUUAUCGUAAGUGUGAAAUCAAUUUGAUCGUGUUCGUUGAUUCAGUACAUGAUCGCAGACAUCAAGGAGCCCUAUAUUAUUUCUUUGCCUCGAUAUAACAUUUUGAUUUUAUCACCACAGCGACGCAUUUUAUUUCUAACGACAGCACUUCUAGCAGGUUUCUUUUAUGUAGUGCCUUUCAACCAACAGAGCAGUUGUUCGAUGUUGUUGCUACCGCGCACCAGUCGUGGAUCAUUGUUUCACGCAGCUGCAGACUCAUUGAAAGUACGAAUAGGAUCGAGAAGAAAU